GGAAGUGCUGAUGGCGAUGAGGAUCUGAAAGGCAACCUUGUUACAGGAAGGAUGACUGGAUGUUUGGACCAAACAAAGUCAAAAAUAAGCGUCACAGGCUCUCAAGAAACAGGGGCUUUACAGUAGGUAGGUGUUGUGCAUUUGUUUAAUAUAAUUUGUCAGGUGGUAGACUCCCUUUACUCAUAUCAUUUUCAAAUCAGUGCAGAUAGUCUGAAUCAAAGAGGGUAUUCAAACAGGGCUGCACCUACACCAUGACUGCAAGUCUGACUCAGAGGUCUUUCUUUUACUAAUAUAACAAAGACUUGAUGAUAAAUUUCCAAUGGGGGUUUCCACCUUUUUGUCUGUAGCCAAGGAAUCUCAACAUUGUUAUCAUUGACACCUGCUCUCUGAACCAAAACAAAGAUAAGCAAGUCAAUAUAGUAGACAGACUUCUUUAAACUUAAAAGUUCAGUUAAUUCAAACUGUGACAAGAUUUAUCAACUCAAAGUGAGUUUAUUUUUGGCUGCUACAAUCAAUCAAUUUAGCUUACAGCAGACUGUUGGAAAAAUGCUAAGCUAACAUUUCUUGCACUUAAAUGAAAUAUGUUUAUAAUUAGAUUUUUUUUUGUCCAAAUUAUGAAGAAAAGUUUUCAGUCACACAGAAAGAUGUUUUACUAUCAUUAGCCUUAGAAAGUUAAGCGGGUAGCCUUGAGCAGCUGGUGGCCAAGUGCUUUAGAAUUAUAUGUUAAAAACCACAAACUGGAAAAAUUACUUUAAUUUUUUUCAAACUCUUUAUAGGAAUAAUGUGCAGUAAAAAUAUAAAAGUCCAAAGAAGAAAAAUAGAAAAGCAAACCCAUUUACAGUCGCUUAUGCAGUUAUGUUAGCAAAGCAGUAGCCUCAAACUAAACAUUAAGUUUGGUCGAUGAGUAAUAAGUCCUCAACAAAGUGUCCACAGAUCAAUUUUCAAUAAUUACAUCGGCUUUCAGAAACAGAACUGUACCAUGAAAAGUGUUAUUAAUAACAAAAUGUGUAUGUAAAACAACUUCUGUCCAAGUCUUUUUAUCAAUAUUUUUAAUAAUUGCGUUGUGACUCAUGUAGCUUUCUGUAAGGGACCAAAAACUUGCUGAAAAAUGAGAUUAUGUACAAUGAAAAGUUCUUGAAAAAGUUCCAGAUUCCAAAGACACAAUAAAGUAGUGCCAAGGGGGAUUAAGAGAUCAACUAUCUAAAUCUGAGUCAGCAUUCCCGUACUCUCUCAGCUCACACUACCACUCACACCUGAACAAUGUUCAUUCAUGACACGGACAAAAGAGUAUUGCUAAACACGCUGGCUCCAAUUAAAAACAAAGAAUCUGAGUUUCUCAAGCUUUAGUUUGGCUCCUCUGUAAGUUGGGAAUGUCUAAUUUAAGGGAAAACCCUGAGGGACAUGUUGGUCUGCCAAUGCCAAGUUUAAAAAGGAAAUGCCAUGAUCCUUCCCAAGAAAAAAGGGCAUCUCUCAACCACGAUAAAUAAAGCAGAAUUAGGUACAUUUUUUCGGUCUUUAGGAUAAGGGUCUCCUUUUUCUCACACACAAAAAACAUGUCUUGAAAGUGAGAGAGUGAAGUCUUGUAGUGAAGGAGUUGCGCAGAGAGUUCUUGCUAUUUUGACAUUUUGAAGCCUUGUGGCAGAGAGAGAGGAUGCAGAAGUGGUCUGAGUUUUAAAGAUAGCUCUCUAGUAUUUAUACAGAGAUCUGCAUGAGCGCAUAGGCUGACUGGCAGUAUGACGUGCUGUAGCUUGCAGACCACAGCUCUGUGACUCGACUAAGCACACCCUAAAUCCACCAAAAGAGACACGCCUACUGCACCCUGUCUACACUAUCAGGCCCAAGAACUCGAGUGCACUUCUGUUUCUUCUUCCUCCCUCGAGUUGCUUUCUGUUCCUCUACGUCUUGUCUUUUACUUUUAUACGUUUAGUUUGGUGAAUACAGACCAGGAUGGCGGAGCUGGAGGGUCUGGAGUUUGGGAAGUCAGACUUUGUGCUCCUGGAUGAAGUGACGAUGGAGCAGUUUAUGGAGAAUCUGAAGUUGAGGUAAGGUCUGAAGUGUCUGUCUGAUGGAGGGAAGGGAGGGGAAGCGGCUGGAUGUCAGAGAUGCAACGAGUAAUGGUUCAUAUACGGCUAACGUAUUAACAAAAAGGCAUGUUUCUUGAAGUUUUUGGUUAUGUUUCAACAAAAUAGGGUGACAUUCAUUUCAUACUUGCACAAUUCAAGUACAUUAAACACUUGAACUUAGUCAAACUUAGAAAAUUCUCAUAUUAAAGUAUUAAGACAAGCUUACCUUGGAGACUUGGAGUAAAAUACAGAUACAAAACAAGGAAUUUAAAUGAACAUAAAGGGUAAAAAUUGAGUCACUUCUACCUUCCCGCUCACUCGCAUGUGUCAGAUAACAGUCUGCGGUUUAUUUCACCACCGUCUCACAUCACAGGAAGAGCAAAGGGCAUGCAACAUCACCAAUUAACCACUUGAUCUGUCUUCAUCUCUCUCUUUCUGCCCAUCUCCUCUUAGCAGAUGACUGCUCAGGUUCUGUCCAAGGUUUCUUCCUGCAUAAAGUUUUUUACCUGCAAGUGUGGCCAAGUGCCUAAUCUUUGGUGGAUUAAUGUUAAGUCUCAAUAGAUAAUGUUAAUUGGUAUUCAUCAUGACUAACUGAGUGACUUCUUAGAUGAUACUUUUGUAAGUGUAGAGUUUUUAAGGCCAUCCUCACUUCCCUUUACACAGUCUCAGCCCAUCCUGUUUGGUAGAUGGUCCCUCACCUGUUGGAUUUGGUUCUGCUUGAAUGGUUUAAUGUAUAGUGUCUCAGAGGAACACCUCUCAAGAGGACAGUUUAGUCCACAUGCUUGAUGCUGUUGUGAGAAACCUGUAAGUUCUCCACCAACAUUUGCAUGUGUGAUGCUCGAGGGUUGUGUACUCAUCUCUAAGUAUAGACAGUGUUUCAUUUUUGUGGCCGUUCUCAUUUCCUCAGUGUCUUUUACGGGGGUGAUGUGUUACAGGUUUUAACUGUCAGACAUCACUGCUGAUUUUUAGCUAUAGUCAAAAGAAGUUAGCUCAAAUUUUUGAUUUGAAAGUGGUGUCAACGUCUCAAGAAAUAGUUCCAGUGAUUCCACAGUUGGUAAUGCUUCAGUGGUUCCUUAUCAGUCUGCUUGUAGGACAAAUUAACAACAGACAGGUCAUUUCAAUUCUCAGUCAAGUCAAGGUCAAACAUGAACUGUCAUCUGGUAGCAAUCGAUAAGUAAGAGAUACACUCACCACCUCUGCAGUUGUUGCCUGGAUUGCAGGACAGACUUCAAUAUCCAAAUGAAUAAAUCCCUCAUGUUCUUUCGUGUAAUGACGACAACUGGUGCCUUUCCCGCUGCAUCAACAAGACUUCCGAUUGAUUUGAUGGAUCAUGUCUGAUCUAGUUUCUGGAGUAUGGGGUUUUGUUCAGCCAGAAUCAAGUGUUUAUUGACCUUUUCGUGUUUCAAAUACACAGGCCAGACAUCCCCAUAAAAAGGACCAUCAGGGUCAUUCCUAGAGUCCAUGUUUAAGAACAGUGAUGGCAAUGUACUGCUCAAAGCUAUAUUCACUAGCUUCAAUUUGAUCCUGGGGCUUGAAGGAGUCAUCCUGAUGGACCCACAACAGUUGGGUGGGCUCUUGAUGAGUCUGCUAGUGAUGGUGGUUUCCCCCUGGCUGGUUAAUAAACUGGUUCAGGAUAAGGUGAUAGAAAGUGAUAAUUGGGAGAUCGACUUGUUGCUGAGCAUAAAUAAUAGGUGUUUCAAGAUUGAUGAGUUCUGGGGACUUUUUCAGGAAGAACCAUCAGGGCUCUUACCAACUGUUACUUGCUGUCAUUUACAGUGGGAUUUAAAAAUUGUAUUUUUUAAAUCCCACACUUGCUUAUGGACCAAUCACUCCACACUUAACUUCUAUCCAAGAACCUCUUGGAGGUGUACCAGAAGCUAGAAGGUUCCUUUGAAUAGGGUUUUAGGACCAAAAUAGUUCAUAGUUCCUUUGGUGCUGAAUCAGUGAUAAGUAUCAGAGUUCCAAAAGUUCCCUGGACCAUGACAACGUUAAUGUAGUUAAAAACACAUUGUUUUCAAUGCAACUCUUACUUCCUCAUUUACUUUAAUGGGUAACAGGUCUGAAGUUUAAACUGUCAGACAUCACAGUUUUAUUCCAGCAGUCUUUAAAAGUGUCAGCAGAGACGCAAUCACAUCAGACGGUUUUAAAAAAGACAAUUCACACUUUCUUAGCUGACGUAAGCACAGCAGAUGGCUCAAAAUGAACAUUUUUAGCAUUCCUGCCCUGGCUGGGAGUCCGUCUGUCAUCCCUGGUUGGCAAAUAUUAGCCGGUGUUUCAUCACACAGCUUGAGCAGACUUGUCUGAUGGCGAAAAAAACAAGCUUAAGUUUGUGCUGACUUUGCUGCAGUCAAGAUGAGUGUUUUUCUCAUGUUUCCUUUUGUCAGCUGAAUUUUUCCUGAUCAGAUUCCUGUUACGGUUGAUGUACAGACAGGCCCUUACCAUUACAAAUUUUUUAAACUACAAGAGGUCAUGACUGGGAUUAGAACCUCUUGUAAGGGGCAGAGGAGGGUUUUUUUUAACCUUGAUUGGAUAUAAGAGUAAGUGUUGUCCGAGAUGAAAUUUUCCAGGGGUUGUGCAGACUUCUAUGUAUGAAAUAAAUCAGAAUUGAGUGCAGGAAAGGUAUAAGUGUGCAGAAUGAUUACAGUAACUUGCUAGUCUGAAAGAACGUGACAAUGGCCAGGGGGGUGAGUUUGGGACCAGAAAUCCAGAGAUAGGAAAGUUGCAUCUCAAGAAGCCUUUAGAAUCAAACAGUUUUGUUCCAGCUUUGUCAUUUUGCUCCAUUACACUGAAUUACACGUCAAUUUCACUCCCCUCAUGCUUAACAAAGCCACAGAAAGUUACAAAAAGUGGUGACGCCCUUCAAACCACAAUUUCCUGCUUUCGGUGUACAAAUGCUUGUGUCACUUCCUGUCAGCCAUACACGAUAUGAAGGUGGGUUUAUACGGAACUUCAAUACUGAAGGUUUUUUUUUUUUACAUGGGUGGUGGUGUGAAAUUGCCAUGGAGAAGAGUGCCUUUGUUUUCUCCUUUAAUUUUAACUGUCACACAAAUAAGCAGAAAAAUGUUUGAAGGGCCAUUUACGUGCACAUGUAUGUAAACUUUGCCUCCAGUUUUUCUGACUUUACUCUCGUUUGGACAGGUUUGAAAAGGGACGGAUCUACACCUACAUUGGAGAAGUAGUUGUCUCCGUGAACCCCUACAGACAUAUGGACAUCUACGGCAAAGACACCAUUGAAGCCUAUAGGGGCCGAGAGCUUUAUGAAAACCCUCCUCACCUGUAUGCUGUAUCUGAUGCUGCAUAUAAAGCCAUGAAGAGGCGAGCCAAAGACACCUGUAUAGUCAUAUCAGGUCUGUUUCUAUUACACUCUUAAACUUUGUUGGUGUUGUACUUAUGCGCCACCUACUUUCCCAACCAUGAACCUAAACAUGAUAACAAAGAACUAAGUUUUGACUCUAUUGUUUGGAGAAGAAGUCCUCAUGGCAUCAUGACAAUAAACAUGUUGGAACUAGAGAUUGUUUGAUGGAUCCAAACACUCAUCUUUCCUGUUCCUGGAUAUUUACCUUAGUUAAUUGCAAGUCUUGGCCUUUGGGUGGCGCCAGAUGAAAAGUUAUCCUGUGACUACUGCUGCCAUUGACAUCUUGUAGGCAGUGGAUUUUUUUCAAUAUAAAUUGAUAGGUUUUUCUUGAUAAGUUGAAUAAUUGUGUAUUCCAAUACUAUAAAUAAGCAAACAUACACUUGUAAGGAGAUUUUGGUAUUUUUACUUUAAGACGUUAUUCGUUUAUUCACCCUCUCUAAGUGUUUUGAAAGUGUUUUCUAAAAGUUUUGAUCCACCACCAUACGAAAAGCUACUCAAACAGUGCUGCUUUGUAGGUUUUUGAAAGCCUGAGUUUAUUCAAUAUCAAAACUUAAGAGACAUAACCAGUUUAUUUAACUAAUUUGGAUAUAACUUUUUUUUUACUGCAGCAAAUGUGAUGAAUUUUUUUUUCUAAGCUUAAUUUGAAAUUUUAUUUGAAAACAUGAAUUCAAAAUUUUCACCAAGUCAAUAAUAAAGCCAGGACAGAAAAACGUCCUCUAAAGUCCCUCGUGGCUGUUGAAAGCCACUUGUUUUGUCGGCUGUAAAAUCAUAUUGGAUUAAUAUUUUUUUCUGAUUUUUUUUCACAAAUCUCUUAUUUUACUUCUGCCCUGUUCGAAACUAGCAAAUGUUUCAUUAAAAACAGUUUUUUUAGUUUCAUUGAAAAUAAAAAUUUUAACCCUUUAAGGGCCAAUUUAAGACAUAAAGUCACUUAAAAAGCAAAAAAAAAUGGAAGGAAAAAUUUAAGGAAAAUGACCCAUUUUUUAAAUAAAACAUGAUCAGAAACUGGUAAUCUCUUGCAGGGUAUUAAAGUCUUGAAUAUGUCAGCGAUUAGUGAUAUAAUUGAAUUCAAUGCAUUUUAAGUUUUUCUGUAGCAUCAGAUUUGAUGAAAGACUGCCUUUGGCGCCUCCCAGUGGCCAAAACUGCCUUUUCUGCUGUAAAAUCAUAUUGGAUUAAUAUUUUUUUCAGAUUUUUUUUCAUACAUUUUUUUAUUUUAAUUCUGCCCUGUUCAAAACUAGCAAAUAGUUCAUUGAAAAUAAAAAUUUUAACCCUUUAAGGACCAAUUUAAGACAUAAAGUCACUUAAAAAGCAAAUAAAAUGGAAGGAAAAUGAAGGAAACUGACCCAUUUUUUUAAUAAAACAUGAUCAGAAACUGGUAAUCUCUUGCAGGGUAUUAAAGUCUUGAAUAUGUCAGAGAUUAGUAAUAUAAUUUACUUAUAUGCAUUUUCAGUUUUUCUGUAGCAUCAGAUUUAAUGAAAAACUGCGUUUGGCGCCUCCCAGUGGCCAAAACCACUAUUUCUGCUGUAAAAUCAUAUUGGAUUAAUAUUUUUUUCAGAUUUUUUUUCAUACAGCUCUUAUUUUACUUCUACCCUGUUCAAAACUAGCAAAUGUUUCUUUGAAAAUAAAAAUUUUAACCCUUUAAGGGCCAAUUUAAGACAUAAAGUCUCUUAUGAAGCAAAUAAGGUCAUUUUCCUUCCAUUUUCCUUCCAUUUUUUGCUUCAUAAGAGACUUUAUGUCUUAAAUUGGCCGUUAAAGGGUUAAAAUUUUUAUUUUUAAUGAAACAUUUGAUAGUUUUGAACAGGGCAGAAUUAAAAUAAGAAAUGUAUGAAAAAAAAUCUGAAAAAAAUAUUAAUCCAAUAUGAUUUUACAGCAGACAAAGUAGCUUUGGCCACUCGGAGGCGCCAAAGGCAGUUUUUCAUUAAAUCUGAUGCUACAGAAAAACUGAAAAUGCAUAUAAGUAAAUUAUAUUACUAAUCUCUGACAUAUUCAAGACUUUAAUACCCUGCAAGAGAUUACCAGUUUUUUAUCAUGUUUUAUUUAAAAAAUGGGUCACUUUCCUUCUUUUUCCUUCCAUUUUUUUGCUUUUUAAGUGACUUUAUGUCUUAAAUUGGCUCUUAAAGGGUUAAAAUUUUUAUUUUCAAUGAAAAUGUAUAUAAGUAAAUUAUAUUACUAAUCUCUGACAUAUUCAAGACUUUAAUACCCUGCAAGAGAUUACCAGUUUCUGAUCAUGUUUUAUUAAAAAAAUGGGUCAUUUUCCUUCAAUUUUUGCUAAAUUUGUGACUUUUUGUCUUAAAUUGGCACUUAAAGGGUUAAAAAAAAUUGUUUUCAAUGAAACAUUUGCUAGUUUCGAACAGGGCAGAAGUAAAAUAAGAAAUUUGUGAAAAAAAAUCUGAAAAAAAUAUUAAUCCAAUAUGAUUUUACAGCCGACAGAAAAAGUGGCUUUUAACAGCCACGAGGGACUUUAGAGGGAGGAAAAUCUAAAGGUCCCGGAAGGGUUAAUCAUUAAAUACACUUUGUUAAUUUCCUUUACGGCAGUUGCGAGGACCAAGCUUUCAACGUCUUUUUUUUUAAGCUAGCAGACGCUUUGCUAGUUCGUCUCCUAGCAACAGUUACAUGCUAAUACUUAGCAGGCUACAUUACUCAGCCUACAGGUGCAAUUUCGCUAACGUUUAAAGUUAGCUUUGGGCUAACGUCGGACCUUUUUUAUAUUCUUAUUGUGUUCAAAUGUUGGAUGCAAAAACUAAACGUGUUUUGUUGAAAUGACAGGAUGAGACUCAAGGUUGUUCUGACUUUAUUGUUCAAUAGUAGCUACAUGAAAUUUGCUAAAUGACUAAUAGGUGAUUGUCUUUAUAAGAGUGUAGUAAACUUCAAUAGACUGUAGCUGAAACGAGGCAUUUUGUGGCUGAAAUAAUGGUUUUAUAGAAGCUACGUUUUUUUUUUGUUUUGUUUUUUUUUUGCUGUAAAUCAUGUACAUCUUUUACAAAACUAUCAAAAGGACAAUAUUAAGCCUGAAAAACUAGCGUUAUGCUCCCUCUUUAGUAGUCCUGUUGCACAAGACUCACUUAUUCUGCAUGACUAACAUGAUAGCCAUGAAAUGUUCCAGGUACUUAUAGCUCAUAAACCAAUUCAUUUCAGACGAGCAAUAGAGAGUAUAAUGAGUUCAUAAUGUAACAAAGAGCUUUACUGACCUGCUCAUCAGUGUGUUUUUGUGUUGUCAGGGGAAAGUGGAGCAGGAAAAACAGAGGCAAGCAAAUACAUCAUGCAGUACAUUGCUGCCAUCACAAAUCCAAGCCAGAGGGCAGAGGUUGAGAGGUGAGUGGUGCUAUAUAAUAAGACUUUAAAGCGUAUUCUAUCCACAUAAAAGCAUUCAUUUAAGCCAGUUAUAUAACUGAAAUUUAGACCCAGAUGGGGUUUAGUCUGAACUCCAACACAAAUGGAUUAUUUGAUUAAAAGAAUAUGAUAUUACCAUGAAUCAUCAUACUUUCUUCUUUUUCUUGAACUCCAUUUUCACUUCCCUAAUAUCUCACAUAUUUCUGUUAAUGUUCCCUGCGAUGGGAUAAAUCAAGUGUGAAAAAUGUGCUGCUCAAGUCCAACUGUGUUCUGGAGGCCUUUGGGAACGCCAAGACGAAUCGCAAUGACAACUCCAGCCGCUUUGGGAAAUACAUGGACAUCAACUUCAACUUCAACGGCGAUCCCACAGGAGGGCACAUCAACAACUACCUGCUGGAGAAGGUGAGAGGAGAGUGGGCAGGACUGGUGAGGCAGUUAGAAGCUCUGUUGAGGCGUGGUGUACCAACCCUGGAGGAAGGUGCAGAAGAAGUUAUGCUCAUUAGUUUUUAAAUUACGUCUUUUCCUCCUGAACAUGAAUGUUUCAUGAGGUGGUGACGAAGAGGUGUGAAGGAACAUCCAUGAAUAGAUGUGUCGGUGAAGCUGCUGCUGCUGCUCCUGCCUGUUAAUGAAUAGUCCACCUGGGGGAACUUUAUGCUGCUGUAUUUAUCCACUCUGUUAAACUACCGUCUGGCACUGAAAGCUGGUGUGAAUGACGGCGCCAUGAUUCAUUUUCAGAGGGUAGAAUUAUUCAUAUUAAAGUGCACCUGCUGUAGUCAAACAGUUGGCGAACUGUUUGGUUUGAGCGAGUAACUCAAAGAUAAAAACAUUAUACUUCAACACAACGCAGAAAAAGCGGUUCUCUUUGGUGAGUUUUUGAAAUUUCCACAGAAGAGAGGAUGGUUUGUUUUUGACUGCAUGAUGUUACUUUCAAACAUUUCGAGGACAGUCGCGAUCACUUUCUAAAAAGUUUUGAUGUCUUUCAAAAUCAAAAAGCGUGAACAUGCUCUCUUUAGAUGUAUCAUUUCUCAUCAAAGUUCAGCCCAACUCCAGGGAAAAAUCUAUCACAGGCACACCAAAGUGACAAUCUGUCCCAGAGCGGCCAUAUGACAUGCUGCACUCUGAAUUCAGAGUGGUGAUUUUACUUCAUUUCAAGGACUAGAAAACUUUCUUUGACCUCGUUGGAGCUGUCUCACUUGUCUUUUGUUGCUGCCGAAAAUGCACAAAAACACCUGAAAAGUGUUGAGAAACAGAAAAAGUUUAUUUACAGCGCAAAAUAGUGGAUACAUAUCCCCUCAAGGCAUUAAGCAACAGCUGCUGCAAUGAGAUCCAAGCUCUCAGUUUAAAGGACACAUGCUUUAACCACAAGGCUAAGCCAAACAGCUGGAUCGUUUUUGUGCGUGAUAAAUUCAAUUUUCCUUUGUCAUUUAUUCUUUACUUUGCAUUAUCUUAUACUGGCAUCUGUGACAACACUAAUGUCUAAUGUAUCAAAGGAUUUAUGACCAUAACCUGCUCUCCUGUUUAAGUCCAGGGUAGUCCACCAGCAAGACGGGGAGAGGAACUUCCACUCAUUUUACCAGGUAAACUCAAAACUCUGCUGCAGCUGUGAAACACACACUGAUGACCCUUAAACCUAAAGCUAAAAUAUAACCCACGGAUAAAGUGAAUUAGCUCUGCAGCAGAAUAAUAAAUAAAUCAGGUCCAGUCUAAACUGAAGUGUUUGACAUGUGUUUAAAAGUUACUACGCGGAGCCCCAGAUGAGCUGCUGGAGUCAUGUCAUCUGCAGAACGAUCCUGCUAUUUACAACUACACCAAAGAGGGAGCUGCCACCACUGUGAGUCAAAGAAACUCAUCCAUUCACAUGAAAUUUAACAACCUGCACAAUACACUCGGUUGCAUCACUAUCCUAGGUUUUACUCUUUUUUUGCUGAUCAUUUGGUGAAAACUUUUACUCAUGCAAUUUUUUUUUUUCUUAAGACCUCCAACAAUGAUCGCUCCAGCCACAAAGCCGUGAUGAGCGCUCUGAGUGUGAUCGGCUUCUCACAAGAGGAGAUUAACUCCAUUUAUCAGAUCCUGGCCUCUAUUCUUCUGCUGGUGAGUGAAAGCGUGGAUGUUCAGAGAGAGGAAAAGACUUUAAAAAGAUAAGAAACCAUGGAAAGGGAGAUCUGGUGAAUAUUUUUAUCUGUGAUUCUCUCCUUCUCUUGAAGUCGCCCACUAAUGAGCUCAUAAUGAACUGCGCUGUUAUGUUUUUCAGGGUAAUUUGCAGUUUGAGAGUGAUAGUGAGAACGUUCAGAUUCUGGGACUUGAAGCUGUAGAUCACAUCGCUGAGCUGACGGACACAGACCCUGAGAGCGUCAGUAAGAGCCUGCUGUAUCGAACCGUGGCCACCGGGGGUGGAGAGGUCAUCGAGAAGGGGCACACAGAACAGGACGCGUGCUUUGGACGGGACGCCUUCGUCAAGGUGCUGUUUGUCUCUUACAAGCUUCCUCUUUUCAGAAUUGUACAGUCGUCUCAUUGUUUUUGCAUCUCUGCAGGCUCUAUACGAGAGACUUUUUGGUUGGAUUGUAGGCCGCAUCAACGCUGUUAUAGAAGUAAAAGACUACAACCCAGUGCUUCAUGGGAAAAACACAGUCAUCGGUGUGCUGGACAUCUACGGCUUUGAGAUCUUCGACAACAACAGGUGGGUGUGCACAUGUUGUGAAACCUGCUGCCUCGCUUUCCUUCCAUCGAUAAAAAUGACUCAGUGUUGACGGUGUUGCUCAAGUGUUUGUUCCUCUGCCGUUUGACAGUUUCGAACAGUUCUGUAUCAACUACUGCAACGAGAAGCUGCAUCAGCUCUUCAUCGAGCUCAUCCUCAGGCAGGAGCAAGGCGAAUACCAGCGAGAGGGCAUCACCUGGCAACACGUGAGGAACACACAUUAGUCACAUGUGAACGAGAGAGCCACAUACACGCUAUCAACAUCAUAGUGUGCUGGAGGAAAAUAUUCUCAAGAAAUAGAUCUUAUUUAUGUUUUCCUCUCAAUGUCUUUUUUUCUUAGAGUUCCCCUUAACAGAAAGUUUGUUCAUCCAUAAAACACACCCGGUGCCUGCAAGUUCACACCCUAAAAAGACCACCUUAAGUGCAUAUUUCAUUUGAUAACAUGGUUCAGAUGUUUCCCCCCUAAUUACGUAACAUUAUGUUUGAAAAUGACUAGACCGAUUUCUUAUACUUUUCUGAGUUGUGUACUCAAGCUGGCAACAGACAGCCUCUGGGGAGGACACAUCUGAACCCAGAGGACCAUUAAAUUCUGUUUCCUUGGUUGGUGAUGUAAUAUAAGUUUUGUGGCGCUUAGUUUUCGCUCAGACUGGAAAAUAAGACUGCCUUGUUGCUAAUUUUAGCACUGAAGAAAUGUGUUUUUCUAAACCCAGACUCUGGAUCUAGUUUUAAUAAUAUCUCCUAGGUUGGAAUCUUGAUCUAAAGUGUAUUUUAAAGUCCGUUGAUGCAAAUUCAGAUAUAAACAACACCUUCAUGCAUAUCCUCCUCCUUUGCAUUUCUCUACGUUUCCCACAAUAUUCAACACUCUAAUCUCCAUAUUGUCAAAGGUACUUUGUGCUUCAAGGUCACACUGACUAUAUACUAUGGGUCGCAUACCUUUAUUUCCAGCCAAAGUGAGAUGAGAAGCUGAAGGCUGCCUCAGUUAGCACUGACAUACUGUGCCGGUGAAGUCAAGGUCUAUGCAGAGGCAGCCGAAUCGAGGCCAAACUUGACAAAACAUCAUAACAGAGAAAACUUAUCAUUUCUUCCCCUUUGAACGUGUUUUAUUCCCUGAGUUAUACCAGAGAAAAAUCCUCAGGGGUUGUGUUUGCUGGAUAACGAAGACAACAACUCCCAGGAUCUCUCACCACAUCAUCUUAAUGAUUCUUCUGUUAUUGGUGGUGUUGAAUUGAAAACUGUGUUUUGAAACUUUUAACCACCUUAGUUUCUGUUGUACAGAUCGAUUACUCCAACAACCAGGUCAUCGUUGAUCUUGUGGAGCAGCCUCAUAAAGGAAUCAUCUCCAUCCUGGACGAGGCGUGCCUCACUGUGGGUAAAGUUACAGACACGGUCUGUUUGGACAGCAUGGACACCAAACUGGCCCAACACCCCCACUACACGUCCCGCAAGGUGAGACAAACCUCAGCGUCAUCCGUUUGGCCUUAUCUCUGCGUUGUUGGUAUGAAGUGAAUCAUUGCUUGUAACAGAUCCUCCUCAGACUUUGCAAAGAACAACAGGAGUGAGCAGAAGUUAUUUACCCAAACUGACUCUUGAAUGUUCCUUAAGUUUGACCAUGAAUUAAAACGUUGUACAUUUUGAAAGGGUGAAUUACGUAAAUCUCAAAUGGGAUGUUUGGAUCAUAGGUUUAAAACACACAAGCUGACAACCUGUUUGCACUGGGCUGGAGCUGGUGAAGCAAUUUUCCUGAAAGGUUUUCUCUAUAAAAUUCACUGAGCUUUCAUGAAUUUUCUUUAAAAAACAAAACAAAAAAAAAGGGCUUAAAUACUCAACGGCCUGAUUUGACUAGAGACAGUUUUAAAGGUUAAUUUUCUCCUCACGUGUCUCUGUGAUUGUUGUAGAAGUUUGUUAUGUAACGAUCAGGACGUGAUAUUACUGUUGUGUAUUAACAGUAAUAAAAAACACACCAAAUAAUGACAUUACAUAAUCUUCAGUCAUCUUACAUGCACCACAUUUAAGCAUUUUGAAUCUCUAACAGGUUCAUGUUUUGGAAGGGUCAAAGUGUCACUUUAGUGGUUAUUUGUGCUGCUGCCAGUAGAGGGCAGAGUUUUCACAUUAUUGCCCUCAUUGUUUUUUGGGCAUCAUAAAUGCCUUUCAAACAAUCAAAAAGCAACUUAAACUUUAAUUCAUCACUACCAAAUUUUAAUUGCAAGACAAGAUCUUUAUUUAUUCUGGCUUUGCGCUGACAGCACCCUCUUUUUUUUCUUCCAGCUCAGCCCGACGGACAAAUCCAUGGACUUCCAGAAACACUUCAGAAUUCGCCACUAUGCUGGAGACGUCACGUAAGUCUCUCAAAGUCUCUCAAAGUCUUUACACACUUCAUUGCGGCAGAAAAAGUGGGAGGAUAUUACGCAGAGUUUAUCAUUGUGAGUGAUAUGAUCCUAUUUGAAGAGGUUAGUUUAUGACACUGGCAGGAGUGGGUGAAUUUAAAUGAAUUACUGUGUCAAUUACUGGAAAGAUUGUGUUACAUACAAGUUGAUUUUUGCACAAGGAUGUAUAUUGGUCCAUUAUUUCUUAUCUAAAUGCCAUCCGCCAGUCUUUCAUCACUCUGCGCCCUUUACCUUUGGCAACCUGCAGCGUGAGACAGAGAGAGGUCGCUCCUGUCACAGCUGUGUCUCCUGUCAAACAUGAACCGUCACAUAUAGAUGUAUAGUUGCAGAUUGUUAUGAACUUCUAGACAUUCAACAAUCCUUGUCCACAAGCUGAUCAUCUAAUAAUGGAAUACUGAAUACAGAGUUAUGAUUCAUUAUCACACGACUAAAAUUAAACUCCUGGAUGCUGCUGCUGCUGCUCCCCUGAUGAGGCAAAGAAAUCUUGACGUAUUCACUGAAACGUGUGCCAACAGCUCAUAUAACAUGUGUGUACAGUACAUUCCACCGAUGCAAAAUACAUGAAGUGUAUUAAAAUGCAUUCACUAAUCUGCACAGCCAGGCGUGCAGAUCCAACCGUGUGCAACACAUGUGGCAUCAUAGAGGAGAGGGAGAGGAAACGGUUUCAUCUGUGUUGAUCUCAGUAUUUCACUAAAUCAUCAAUCGGCUGUGUUGCAGUUUGGAUAUGUUGCGUUUUAAGAUUUUUAUAUGACCCUUUGUCAUCUGAGGAAAUGUUGAAUCCUCGACUUGCAGGAUUUUCUUUUGAUAAUUGACAGAAAACAGAUGACCAUUACAAUAAUCUCAGAGCGAUUCCAGGAGAAUUUAAAGGAUGACUCAUUAUAAAUCUGUUUUGAUGCUCUGAACUGAUAUUUCUGUUUUUUUUCUCAUUUUGGAAGCACAAACAUUUCUGUUUAUGUCAUUGGCCAUUGGGUUUAUGAGUCCCAGACCAAAGAUCAUUUCCUUCAGUUUCCUCCUCCUCCUCCACUGCUCCUCUUCCCUAAUGUGCUCUUUGGAUUUAAACGUCACACUUGGCAGACGCGGCCCCCGGCCGGCAGUCACCCGUCAUGGCUUCGUUUCCAUAAGAUCCCCCCCUCGCUCACGUGUACUGCCCUCAAUCUAGAGAGGGGAAGGACGUUAAUAUGUCAAGGGAACACGAUCGUAGGAGGAGGAGGGAUGCAGCCAGCUGAUGAGACUAUUUUGGCUCCGUUUGAUCGAGCGGCGGCAAUAACCAGAGAGAAUUGGAGUAGGGUUUAUUGAGUUUCUUUGACUCGGGGAAAUCCAGGCUAACGCGAUGUUUAACACCCACGGAAACACAGAGUGAUUUCAUCCUUCUCUGAAGCUUGAGAUGGCAACCGAACUUUGCUCCCUCCCUAACAGCCCUCCUCUCAUCAGGACUCAGUAGGAGGGAGUGGAAGCACCAAAAACACAACAAAUGUACUCGAUUACUGGUAAAAGUCCUGCAUAAGGAAUCAUGCUCAAAAGGAAAUGUGCAAGUAUAGUCGCAUGAAUGUAGUUAAAGUUGCAGAAGUGAUGAUGCAAAUCAGUACAGAUGCACUCGUGUGCAUUAAAAAGUUUAUAUCUGAGUGUUAAUUUUUAGUUUUGAUGAGUUAUUUGAUGCUAUGAUUGGCAGCUCUGUGGUUGAGCACAUCUCCUGCAGCAAAUUAGCGAAGCAGAGACAGAGCAGCAGGAGAGUGUGAAACAGAAACUAAAACAAGAACUGUAUAAAAUAAUAAAAGGUAUGACAGCUCAACAAAAGUGAAGCCUGAACUUCUAAAACUCGUCUGGCUGUUAUGAAGUCCGGCUCCCGUUGUGCCGUGGACUAUACCGACCUGAGGGGUCUCUGCUGUUGGAUCAGUAAAGCUCCUGUGAGGAUAUUCAGCUGGUAAUGAAACAGACUGACAUUAUAAUGAUAGCCUGUGCUGUCGUGAGGCGUUUGUAUUUUAUGACAAAGCAUAUUUGAUUAGUUUCAAUAAAAAACGACGAGUGGUCGACAAACGGGACAUUUGAUGCUAUAAUUUUGGGCAUUAAAAAACAUUAAGUGACGUUCUCCCCGUGCGUCUCUGACUUUUAUAGAUCAAACAGCCUGCAGAUAAACGGGGGAAUUCUCAGUAAUUGUUAACUGCAGCUGGAAGUUGCACCCCUGGCGGUGUUAUCAGAAUGGGCUGGAUAAGAGCAUGUGUGACAGACCUGCAGAGGUACUGACAGAUGGCUCUGCGUGUCUCUGUCACCCUGCCUCAGCUCUCUCUCAGCCUCGGUCGGGGGCUCUCCCGCUGAGCUGUCACCCCCUGUACAUUACUUCCUGCUGACGCUGACCCCCCAUCAUCCCCCUGUCACAUCCCACCUCAUCCGAGUCUAUCCUCGCUCUGGCUAAAUAUACCCUCGCCACUAUCACGAGCUCUGACCUACUUCUCUCUCUCUUCCACCUCCUCCGUAUCCUCCUUCCUCAUCCUGUUUCCUCUUUUUUUUAACUCCUCCUUUUGUUCUGCGACACUCACCUGGUUUUCUUUCACCAUCUACUUUUUAAUUCCCUGCCGUAUUUCAGUUUGCACAUGCAGCACUUUGAGCAGCCGUAGUAUAAAUCUUACUCCCUUACUGCACAACUUUGUACUGCAAGAUUUCUUUGUGGCCUGGCUUCCUCUCAGUCAGUGUGUGCUUUCCUUUUAACCUUGUAUAAACCAGCCCUGUCCUUGCUCCAGCCCUGACCUUCAUACUUAAAUAUACUUUCCUCUCCAUCAUCCUCCUGUCUCUGGAGGGCUGCUGUCUUUAUCUCUGCAUGUCCUCUCUCCCUGUCCCAGUACUUUCCUCUUCUGUCCUGUCCUUGUAAAUGACUGUUGUGGCUUGUUCUUGUGUGUUUAUACCGCUCUCUCUCUCUCUUUCCCGCUCUCUCCCUCCUCACCGAGCUUUUCCGGGAUCUGGUCAGGUGGUUUUUGGACGCCCGUAAGCCAAGGGGACACAUCUGUCAUAGCCCUGCCUUAGUGUCUUUGCCUCCAGAUGUGACAGCCCGGGACACAAACAGGGGCCGUGCAGACGACAUGUGACACGCUGCAUUUGUGUUUGUAUUUUUGUUUGUGAGUUUGUUAGAGAGAAACGGGGUGACAGAGAGAGAAGUCUCAGAGGAGAAGUCUCAGAGGGAUGGAGUGUGAGUCACUGCAGUGGUGGGAACUCACCAGGCGCCUUUAUACUCGGCUGCUGUUUUUCGUUUUGUUUGUUGAGUUCAAGCUUUGCCUUUGAGCUUAAAACUACAAUCUUUAAAGGUAAAUAUUAAAAAUUGUACUCCUCUAGUUUAUCUAACCACUUCAGCAGCUUUACAUAAAAACAAAAGAUAAACUUUCAUACAUUUUCUGUACCGCUUAUCCCUUAUCGGUCACAGCUGGAGCCUAUCAUCGGGCGAGAGGCGGGGUACACCCUGAAUUGAUCGCCAGUCAAUUGCAGGGCCGCAUAGAGAGACAGACAACCAGUCAGACACACUCUUACCUAAGGACAAUUUAGAGUCCCAAUUAACCUAAUGAGCAUGUUUUUGGUCUGUGGGAGGAAGCCAGAGUGCCUGGAGAGAUCCACGCAUUCACAGGAAGAACAUGCAAACUUCACACAGAAAGGCCCUGCCUGGCCCGGGGAUCGAACCGGUGACUUUCUUAAAACAGUAUGUUUCAUAUUAUAUUUUUGGGGCUUUCUUUUUCUUUGGAAAUGGAAUGGGAAGAGAGAGCAAGUAGUGAUUUGCAGAAAAGGAGCAGUCCACUUUAACUUCUGUAUAUGAGACACACUUGGACCACAAGGCCAGUGACGCCCUCGUACAAGUGUUUGAAUGAUAACAACUGAUCUAACUGUUAACUAGUUAAUAAAGAAGUGAACUUUGAUAAUAGUUAAUCUGUUUAUUUUGCUCAAAAGUAACAGAGGUUGAAGUUUGUGCUGACAUGAAAACGUGUUGACGUCCAACAGUUCGCCCCCAACUGCAACAGAGCUCGUCAUGAUCCAAGUCCAGCAGAGGACUUUAUUAAAUUAGAUCCAUAAAGACCCGCAGACUAUUUCCAAUUUACUAAGAGCUGCAACAGAGCUGUCAAUCAAGGCAUUAUACUGUUACUACAGUUAAACCAAUUUCUCAGAACAUGGUGAAAAAAACAACACGAUGGAAACUAACUUUAAUGACAGAAACCAUGUCGGAGAAAAGAGAAUUUGACUUUGAUUUUGAUAUUAUAGUUCGACCCAAGUCCCACCUGUUAACAUGGAGGAGCUGGGCUCGGUUAUACCAUUAAGACCUAAGUGGAUGUUGGAACCAGCUGUCCGGCCUUGCAACCUUCUGCUUUGUCACAUGUUUGUCACUCUUUUUUGAUUGUCAGGUUGUUUGUUCUACAACCUGCUGGCGUCUCUCUGAAAUCCUAAAAUAAACUCAGAUUAUGAAUUUAUAUUUGAUUAUUUGUCUGGUGAAGGAGGUGGAAAUAAAUCAGUUCCCGGGCUUAAAGAGCCAUAAACAUCUAUGACAGUAAGGUGGACAUGUUUUUCUGUAUCAGUUUGACCAGUUUAAUAUUUUAUUUUACUACAAAACAACAUUGUCUUCUGUGAGUGUUCAACAAGGACUUCUGCUUUGGACAUAUUUAAAGUGUAUUUAAGCGAUAUUACUUCAAUAUCAAAGAGGGGUUUGAAUGCAUUUUUGAAGCAAAGCGUCCACACAGUGCAAGUUUUUAUGACAUUAUUAUGAGGGAGUGAGAGGCAGAGGUUUAUUUGAGGCAACACUUACAGCACAGCAGGCUCUUACCCCGGAGCUGGACGGCUUAUGUAACUGAGCCUCACUGAGCGCCUGUGACCUCCCACUGAUGCCUCACCAAAACUAACCCAGCCAUACUAAUAAACGCAGACCGCUCCGUUUUUUUACAUAUUUACUUUUUUCUCUCUCUGAAACAUGAGCCAUCAGGGGACUGAGAGUUUGACCGUGGUCCUAAUUUGUAAAUCGACUAAACCUGGGGCCCGAGGACCCUGAAUCACUUUAGGGAGACAAAGAAGUCUGUCUCAGAAAUGAUAGAGACCCUUCAAGUGUCAAAUAUCUUCAAUUUAAACUUUCUGUUUGACUUUCAAGUGACUUGUCCAUCUUGAACCUUUUUCUGACACCAUUUUCACCUCAUUACUCACGUUGACAGUCAUGUCUCUGUCCCUCUCUUACAGCUACUCCGUCGAGGGAUUUCUGGACAAAAAUAAGGACAUGCUUUUCCAAGACUUCAAGCGUCUCAUGUACAACAGGUGCCAAAAACUCAAUUUCAGAGUUCAGUAACUGGGUUUGGUGUAUAAAUAAGUUGCGUCUCAUCACUGAUUUAUUAUGCUCUUUCAUGGCUCUCUCGCCCCCCCCCUCUUGUUUUUGCUCUUUCCUUUCUCUGUUGAAGUGCCAACCCAGUCCUGAAGGAGAUGUGGCCAGAUGGACAGCUGGGCAUCACCGAGGUCACUAAGCGGCCUUUGACUGCUGCCACGCUCUUUAAGAACUCCAUCGUGGCCCUGGUGGAUAAACUCGCCUGCAAGGUCAGCGGUUUCAGUUCAGGUUCACUUACUCUUUAACCUCUGGGGGGGAAGCUGUAAAUAGCUUUAGCAGUUUCCAAUCAAAAAUACCACGUUUGAUAUCUUAAUCUAUCUUAGUACAUUCGCGGUAUUUUAUUUUAAUCAGUGUGAAGUAAAACCAACAAAGAAGAAGAAGUCAGAGCACCCCACCAUUUCGGCUUCGCAUCGUAGGGUUAUCUAUACAACCCUACGAUGACACGUCGAUCUGUACAAUGUGACCGCUUGUUAUGUUAGUUGCCUCAAUUCUCAGCUACCUAUGUCAGUUCGCUGAGCUCCAUUAUGUAAUUUCUAUAAGAAGGAGUCUUAAAUCAGACGUAUCAGUAAGGUGACUGAUUUGAAGAGGUUCCUUUUCUCCAGUCUGCCUUGUGUUUGUCCCUGUUAGGCCUGUUUUAAGUCACAGAAUAUUCUGAGGCUGAAAACGUGUCUUUGGUGCGACACUUGUCUCCACGCAUGACCAAAAAUACGCUGCAGAGAGAAGCAGACGUACGGCAGGAACACGUAUGAAUAACCGUGUGUGCUUGCUCGGUGCAGCAGGUUUCUUAGGUUGCUUGUCCUCAUCCUGUCUGGCUGCGUGUAGAGCCGGGCGGAUGAUGAGGUGGGAAGGUGAUGGUGGACCACAAAAUGCGCUGCUCACCUCUGCUGGCCUCAUCUCAGUGUCUGAAGUUUGACAUUUCCUGCUGUUAUUUUGGGAUGGCCUGCUGUCAGGCUGUGGUAACAUCUCAUCUCGGUGUGGUUGAGGUAAAAUUAAAAGAAAACUCCUCUGGCAACUGUUUUUCUUUCCUCCGUGUCACGUUGAAGGAGCGGAUGUUUCCUCCACACCUGUGCCCGGUCUGCCCUCCUCAUCUGCUCCCAACCCCCACUACCUGAUUCCUCUUCUUUUAAUCUCCUCUGAGCUGGGUUGAGAUUGGGGGCACACAUGCAUCAUUGAUAUGGUGAAGGACAGUGUGGAGACGCGCUCAAAAAGUGCCGACUCAGUACUGUCUUGUUCAUCUUUCAUGAGUGGAGUGAAACACAGCUGUCCCUUUCCUGCCAUAACACCUCACAGCGAGCUCUGAAAUCUUUAAAGUCAUAGUAUGAUGUUAAAUUUUCUGCACAGAAGUGGAUGUUUACUGAGUCUCAGCUGUUUACCGAAGCCGCAGUAGAAAUAUGAAGGCUCGACUGAGGUCGGUGAACUCGGUUUGCAGGUUUUACAGCUUGUUCAGAGUUUACAGGCUCAAAAUAGUUUAUUUACUUGCACAGUGAUGAACACAGCGGUGAUUCAAACUACGACAAAAACAUGCGUGGAAAAGUACACGUUUGUGCAGGUGAGAAAACAAGAGUGCUGUGAAAACUCAGAAAAACACAGCAACAGUCCAAGUGUUGGGAUUAUGUAAUGACUGUCUCAGUGCUAUGGCAGUAAUUUGAUGGCACUCAGAGGUGUUUUACUGCAUCCAUAUUUAAUUUUUCUGCAUUUCUACUUACUUCUGCAGUAAAUAGAUUCAUCACGCUGUUUCAUUAAAUCUGUGUGAUGAUGUUAAACUUAAUGAUCCCAGCUGAGAAGUCCAGAGACGUUGAUUAUGCUCAAUAAAAACAUACAUUUGCUUUUCUUUCUGAUAUUUUUUCACUCUGCAUUACAGUCAGCUUGAAGAGUCCCCCUCUUCCUUCUGUCUUUCAGGAGCCGUAUUACGUGCGCUGCAUAAAGCCCAACGAGAUGAAGUCUCCCGUGUUGUUUGACGACGCUCGCUGCCAGCACCAGGUGGCCUACCUGGGCCUGAUGGAGAACGUGAUGGUGCGCAGGGCGGGCUUCGCCUACAGGCAGCCGUACGAUCGCUUCCUGCAGCGGUAAGAGAACAUGAUGUACUACAUGAAGCAAGACAUCUUCACUAUUUCAGACUCAGAGUUUUUUUGUUCUGCUGCAGGAGUUCAGUCUAACGCCUGCGAGGUAAAAAGUACCUGAUUAUCCCAGGUACUGCUUCUAUGAUGACCUUUGACCUAACAUUACUUAAAAGUUCAUGUUAUCAGUGUUCGAACCAGUUUGUUUUCACAGUUUUCAGCAGUGUUGCAUCUGAUUCGUUGAAACUUUGGCAAAAAUAGACAAAAACAUCCUAGAUCAGUUUUUUUACUGACUUCUAUCAGGACAGAAGUUGUUUCAAGGACGGUGUAGGGUACUCCGUAGUCUCUCUCUACAGUGUCUCUUAAAAAACUCACAGUCCAGAACAUCUAGAAACGAAGCUCCCUGUAAUUCACCUCAGUAAAAACCCUCCUGCCUGUUAAACACGACACCCUCAAGGUUCACUCUGGUAUCAGAAUAGAUUCUCACAUUACAGCACACCAAGAAAGAUUACCUGGAAAACAUCAAAUCUGCUCAUGACUCAUCCUGCACUCUAGGCCGGUAUGAGUCAUAUGUCCGUUCCCCAUGAUGCUCGAGUCCUGUGACCAAGACCAGCACCAUUGAUCGUAGCUUUGUGUUUGAGUCUUUUGAGCUCACAGCCAUCUGGCGACUGUAAAUGACGAUCAAAUUCUGGCCUCAGAGAAAAAAAAAAUUUCCAAUCAGGUGAGUCAGUGCGAGCCCCUCCAUGGUCACCGUAUUGUUCAUCCGCAUGCAUCCAGUUCAUCAUGUAGGAUGCACUUGGCUUGGAUGACCGUUUUUCACCAUGGUCAAAUCCCACACGCCAUGUACAGAGGCUCGAGCAGGCAGCCCAGGUUCCAUUCUGGUUCAUUGCCCCCUGGGACGUGGCAUUCUCCUUCUAUUCCCCCAGUUUCCUGCUCUAUACCCUGAAUAAAGACGUAAAAAAAACUGAAUACAUUAAAAAAAUAGAUGACAAACUGAGAUUUCUAAGUUUCCAUGGCAACCAAAAGGGUGUAGACUGAGGCGGGAGCUCAUUGAGGCAUAACCCUCUUGCCUCACAGAAUGAACCGUAUCCAGCAGAGAAAUCUGUUCAUAGCAAGAGUGACACUUUUUAUUUUUUUUUUUUGCCAGUUUUCUUAGAAUUUAUACCAAAAAAAAAUUGUCAAAACUUCACCAGACCAAGAAAAACAAACAGUUUCCUCUGGCAGAAAAGCGUCUGUGAAGAUUCUCAGUCAUCCAUGUCAAGGUGAUUCAAAGCUUGAUUCAAAAACACAUUUUUAAGAGCUUUAAACAUGUUGUCGUUUUUUUUCUCCUUUUGAAUCGAGACGAAAAAAGUUCAUUUAAAAACAGCUGAACUAUCCCUUUUAAAUACUAGCAACUAUAGAGAAACCUGAACUGUGUUGGAUGGCCGAACCAACAAUAACUUCAACUUCAAAUCGGGGGGUUCACACAUACAGGAAAGCAAACCCAAAUAAGCAACGACUGGUUAAAAACUCACAAGUUUUACAAGCGACUUUUGAGAGAAACAAGCUUAAAGUCUUUUAGAAUAAGCGGACUUGGCAACUAUAAGGCGUCUACGAAUAUUUUACCGAUGUUUUAACUUGUCUCUGUUCACGAAUGCAGAUCUAGGAUGUAUGCACAUGCGUCCAAACGGAAAUAUAACCCUGGGCCGUAAAAUGCCCAGGUCUGAUCUAGUCUAAGAUCUGGAUCUGAGCUUCUGUUUUUGUUCUGAUGUUUUCUUCAAUACUUCUCGAUCUGACCUGACUCGCUCCACCUGCAUCCUGUAGACCAGUGGUUCUCAACUGGUGGGUCCCAACCCAAAAGGGGGUUGCAAACAGCUGGUCAAAAAAGUAAAUAUUUAAUGCACAUCUGAUGUUUGACAUAUCUUUUAUUUUGAAAAAUAGCGUAUUUUGUGCAAUCUGAUAUUUAUUUAAUAUUUGAUACUUUCUGUACGUGCAACUUCAGUAGUUGUCAUCCUCACUUCAUUUGCUCUGAAAUGCACUGAAAUGCAGUCUUUAAAGGUUUUUUUUUUUAAUAAAAAAUAAAUUUGCUUUGUUUGAAUUCUAUAAAAGUGGGUCACGACUUAAGGACCAUGGGAAAAUGUGGGUCCCAGAGUGAGACCAGUUGAGAACCACUGCUGUAGACUGUUCAGACUUGAACAGCUCACAGACUUGACGGUUUUUUCCAUCUGAACCUCCAUUUAUAUUUAAUUCUUUCAUUACCGAAAGACAAACUCCAUUUCUUCUGUCACUCCAGUAGAAAGGCGCUCUCAUUGCUGUGGUCAUGUUUGUCUUACCGAUUCAUCAGUCGCCUGCUCAGGUGGUCAGCAGCUGUAAGAAACCAGGGUAAAGCAAAUGUACGCCACAGUAUCCUGUUUUCUCUCUAACAUGAUGUUUACAGGAAACUUAAAACUCAUUUAAAAACCAGAAAACCUGAUGUUGUUCACGAGUAAGGAAACAUAUUCGACAUAAAUUUGGUCGUUCUUCCACAGAGAUCCUUCUUCUUGUUCUCCCUGAUUUCUUACUCCUUCUCCUGUUUGUCUGCAGGUACAAAAUGACCUGCGAGUACACCUGGCCGAACCACCUGAUGGCCACUGACAGAGAGGCCGUGGAGGCCAUCGUCAACCAGCACGGUUUCCAAGACGACGUGGCGUACGGACACACCAAGCUGUUUGUUCGAACGCCGCGCUCUCUCUACAGUCUGGAGCAGGAGAGAGCCGCUCUCAUCCCCAUCCUGGUGCUUUUCCUGCAGAAGGUCAGACACAUCCAGAUGUGUGUGUGUGUGUGUGACAGUAAUUUUUAUCAUCACACUGCUUUUAGUAUUCACCCACAGCCUCAGCGUGGGUUUAAAAUCUUAAAUGUCAGGUCUCAAAGGCUGUUUUCUGAAGCCACGCUUGGAUUUUGAUAAGGAUGUAUUGAUCUGUCAGCGUGAUUAAUCGACACACAGACCUAAUUUAAUGUCACGGGUCGCUCGGAUCAUGUGAUCACAGUUAAUCAGGAACAAUGUUAUCUCCUUCAGUUACAGAGUCGGGGCCUCUAGGUUUCAAAGUGGAGAUUGCAGUUUGCCUCAGCCUCAUGAAUAUGUGGCUCCUGGUUAUGUUUGAGUGAAAUUCAUCUGCCAGCUUGAAUCCUAAUUUCCUGUAACAAUAAUUGGGAUAAUUAAUGAGAUCCAGAGCACAGUCACAUUAAAGUCAAUUACCUCUCUAACUCGAUGAAACACCCUCUUCUUCCUCUUUCUCCUGACCUACUUUGAUGACUCUGCAGAGAAGUCGGAGUCUAGAACUGGAGCACAAGUUUGUCUGCAGCUCUCUCUCUCUCUCUUUCUCUCUCUUACUUCCUCUUUAACGCGUCACUCUCUCCCACAGGUGUGGCGUGGGGCUUUAGCUCGCAUGAGGUGCAGAAGGAUGAGGGCUAUCUACGCCAUCAUGGGCUGCUACAAGCGCUACAAGGUGAAAGCCCACUUCUGGGAGGUGGAGCGGAGGUUCGCUAAUGUGCGAAACAUGGCCGACUAUGGGAAGAGCGUGGAGUGGCCGACCCCACCUGCAGCUCUGUCCAAGUUUCACAACAUCACAGUCAUGCUGCAUCGCAGGUCAGUCCCUUCAAAAUGAAACUCAGACACCAAACAAACUACAGACUCAAAAAAUCUAUCUUUACAAGAAGUCUUUCGCCAUUUUAUGAAGUGAACAAACUUUUUUUUUAUUAUUUAUAGAAUUUAUUUGAACAUGUACAAUUAAACAAAUUAAAGACAUAAACACGAAAAAAAACCCAGAAAGAAAACAAAACCAGAGAGUCAAAUAAAUUUGGUCAUUUUGAUGUUCAAAAUAGAGUUGGAGGAAGUGGAAACUUGUCUGCUCCCACCCCUUCACCUUGCAGGAAUCAUCAAUGAUUUAUUUUACCUGCUUUCAGUUAAUAAUAAAUAUAAUAAUAAUCACAACAUAAACAAAACAACCAAAUAAUAUAUUAAAACAAUCAAUUAAUGACAGCCCAAUGAGAUAAAAACACUAGUUUAGGAAAGUAAUGGAACCUGAGUACUGAGGAAAAAUAUAACUUUGUAUUUGAAUGUUCUUAGGAGGCUAAUUUCUUAGUUGUUUGAAUGGAAAUUCAAGUUCUGUUUAAAGGGAUAUUCUGGUGUAAAAUUAAUUUAGGGUCAAACACACCGUAACACAGAGUUAGACACCCCCUCGAGAGAUGAAUGUUGCCGACCGCUUGCUUCUCUAGUUAUACUAACUUUAGUAACGACCACAGGAUAGCAAUACACAGCAGUCUGAGGAGCCAUAAACAAACCUCAACCAAGACGCCACUCUAUAGCCACAAAUAAUGCUCAGAACAGCACCUAACUUCAUCAACAGUACGUAUAGGGUCCAGGCCAGGGGGGUGCCGCAGCUCAAGGAAGAACAUUUACAUUUUACGAUCAUUACUUUGUCAUUAUCUUAAAGUAAUAAUCAUCAUAUUAAUCAUUUUGCACUGCAGACGCGGUAGUUCUUCUGCCUUAGCGUCUCGGUCUGAUUGCAUUUCCAUGAAGAAAUGAUCAUAAAUGUUCUUCCUUGAGCUGCGGCACCCCCCUGGCUGGGACCCUACAUGUACUGUUGAUUAAGUUAGGUGCUGUUCUGAGCAUUAUUUGUGGCUAUAGAGUGGUGUUUUGGUUGAGGUUUGUUUAUGGCUCCUGUAUUGUUAUCAUGCGGUCGUUACUAAAGUUGGUUUAACUAGAGAAGCAAACGGUCGGCAACAUUCAUCUCUGAGGGGGGGUGUCUAACCCCUGGUUGGUGUGUGUUUACAUGUGUUUAGUUAGAAGGAAAAGUGGACGCCAAUUUAACAUUUGUGAUUGUUCUCUGCCUGGACUUUAUUCACACACGAGCAUUAGAGCGAACUAUUUCUCAUAUUUUUUUAAAUCCUGCUGAUUUGCAUCAAAAACAGCUCCAGAAUCAUUUGAAUAAGUUACUCCGGGUGAGUGACGUAGUUUUUUGAUCGUCAAGAACGUGUUUUGGCACUUCAGAUAAAACCUUUUUUUUUCAAUCCCUCAUAGACUUGAAGCUUUUUCCUCCUACUGCAUUGUUUUCCUCUCCACCUUUGAUGUAUCGCUCCACCCGCCUGACGCGCUGUCUUGUCCUCAUCCCUUGUUGUCAGGUGGUGGGCGAGGCAGAUCGUGAAGAACAUCCCUCCGUCUGACAUGCUGGAGGUUCGUGCCAAAGUGGCAGCUCUGACUGCUCUGAGCGGGGAGAGGAAAGACUGGGGAGUCAGCCGGGCCUGGGAGAGGGACUACCUCGCUAAUGUAAGAAUCACAGAUGUGGAGACUGGGGACACUUGGGUUCUGUUUAAGUCUGCUCAAUUAGUCACAGUUAACAUUAAACUGAAUCCAGGUCCAAGUUCAGAUAUCUGUCCUAGUCUGAGCUGAGUUCCUAUUGGCUGGUUUCCUCCUCAGCACCAUCUAAAACAUGAGAUAAGGACUAAAAAGGUUUACAUAAUUGAGAAACUAACUUCACAAUGUGAGAUGCUUCUGCAGGCAUCAUACUAGUAUAAUUGUAGUUAUGUGCCUGUCCACUAACACACACACUGAAUCUAACACCCACUGAGGGAUGUGUGUAUCUGAAUUUGACCCUCUGCCAAGUUCAAGGAUGAAAACAUUUAUUUGAGUUUAUUUUAGAUUCAGAGCGGACAUGUUAUAAACACAGGUAUUAGGUAAAAGAGGAGGAAAAACAGAAACCUACAGGAACUUUGAGUUGUGUUUGAAAAAUGGAAAUCAGAGGAGCUUUGGCAUUUUCCCAAACAACAUAUAUGUACAAUGUUUCUCCAAAAUCAGCUGACUUCUUUAUUUAACUGUGACAAUACAGUGUAAUUUCCCUGAACAGCUAGACUUGUUCUGACCCUGAUGUUAGGUUCUGCCGUCCUAUCAGGAUAAUGUUGAAGGAUAACUCGCUAAAAUUACCACUUUAUAUGAAAGUAUCAUCCACCACUCUGCUUUUGUCACCCCUCUAUUUCAGUAUUAUUCAGUAGCUUUGUGUCAGAAAAGUGUUAUUUCCACUGGACAGUCACAGCUAUUUAAUCUUCUCAAGGACAAAGGUACAGAAGGAGAGUAGAAAGUUAGAUUUAAAGGACAGCGACAACUGUUUGUGCUCAUCACUUUACUGACAACUUCAUAAACAACAACCAGUAUCAGCUGGAUUUAGGUCUCAAUUGUUGCUAAAACCUGGGGCUGUUUAGUCUUCAAAGACCCUCUAUGGAUUCAAGGAACUUUUGUGGUACAAAAUUAGCACCCAGGUCCGUUUCCAAGCCAAUUUCAUACAAUACAAGAGCAAUCAUAAAAAUGUAAGAGCAAUAAAAAACACAAGAGUAAAAUGUAAACAAGUUAAGUAAAGGCUGAAGUUAGCCCUGUUGCACUAAUUUUCCAUCUGAAAGCAGCACCUUGGUAAAGUGAUGUAGUGCAGGUCCGUCAAUGGGUGGGAAGGGGGAGGGGAGAGAGGACUGGAGGGAGAGGGUGUCGAUAUGAGAGGCUCAAAUAAUGCAGAAAUAGCAAUAGCACAUGUGCCAACAGGGUUACAUAUGGAGCUUAGUCGUCACCCGCAGCUCGCUUCAUAUGUUUUCUGUAAAGAUUUAACUUUCAGUUCGUCACGUGAAGACAAAGCUGUGUAAAAAGUGACACUCACAAGCUGAGUCUAACUUCAAAAUACUGGAAAAGGAGUCUGUUCCAUGUUUGCCCUGAACAUCGUUUAAACCAAACUUUCAGACCCGGGGCUCGCCAGAUUGUAAUUAGUUUUCUCAUCAUCUAUGUCUGAUGGUAUUAGUCGUACUAGUUUUCUCUUCGUCUAUCGUCUAUCGUCUAUCUCGGGUGGUAUCAGUUUUCUCUUUGAACUCCCCAGCUUUUUACCACUUUUUUCCAUUAAAUUUUAAGAUAGAUUAGGAGUGUUUGGAACUGCUCAUCAUGCAAAGCUACCCUUAAGGUAUCUUAUUGAUGAAAUGAAAGAGUGAACUCAAUCCCCGUUGAAUUAAAACCAGCUGAAAUCUCAGCCAGUCAGGAAUUAAAUAUAUAUCUGACACCUACAUCUUAAUUUUUUUCCUCUAUUUCAAUCUGGUUUGAUUUCUUUUGAUUGUUUUUUGUUCUUUUUUUCCUCUUUUUGUGUCACUGGGGUUAUUUUUAUUCCUCGCCCUCACCACAGGAAGAUCUCAUGCACUAUAAUCAGUUCUUUUACUUCACCCUUCACAGAAAAAUGCCUCUUUUCUUCUUCAACGGUUACUGUGGAAAUCCAUUGACCUCAUUGGCUGAAGUUUUCCUUUGAAUCUAUCACAGUAAACAAGACAGGAAUAACCAGCUGAGCUCACAGGAAUCAUCUGUUGUUGUGGAUGUAUGCAGUUGCAUGUGACGGGCCCUCACCGUAAACAGCAUGACUAAAGGAGGAUGGUGCUCGUGAACACAGCCCUCCUUUAAUGAAUCCCACAGUCGGCUCAUUUAGCAGCUAAUCUAAAGGGUGUUUUGCACCCCGAGGUUUGAAAAAAGCCUUCGGGGAGUGUGAGCAUGACCGCCUUCAAGUCCUGAGUCACUCCCCUCGUUAGGCUGUCAGACGGCCCGUGACUCUCUGCUCUCCUCAGGGCUCCGGCUUCACGUGAUUGUCGUUAAAUCCCUAAAGAGACCUGUGCUUUAGCGCGCUCAGUUAGCCUGAAUCGUGACUUGCAUGUGUCUGAUGUGUCCGAGUACAGAAAGAAGGAGAAACAGGAAAAUGAGACAGAUUUAUAUGAGUCAUGUUUUCUCAGAAAACAGGAAUAAAAGGGUCAACAAGUUUUUAUCAAUGUGUGAUAUUCUCAGAAACAAAGCAGGGAUGACGCUGGUCCUUGUGAGAAGACACUGAAAGAGAGAAAAAUAUUCAGAAAUGCUCUCUGUUAUCAAUAUUCUACUGAAGAGGAUGAGGGCCACAAGGAGAGAAAAAAAAUAAUCACAGGAGGGAGAUUUUUUUUAAAUUUCCAUUUCGAGAUUAAAGUUGAAAUUUCAAGAUUAAAAAUUCAAUUUAAAUCUCUAAAUAUUUAAUUUUUUAAUCUCAAAAUUUCAGCUUUAUUCAUGUCCACUUUAAUCUCAAAAUUUAAACCUUAAUCUCUAAAUAUUUUAUUUUUUUAAUCUUAAUGUCGACAUUAUUCACCACAUUUCGACAUUUUGUAAUCUUGAAAUUUGGACUUUAAUCUCAAAAUUUCAAUUUUUAAUCCCGAAAUUCCAAUUUAAUUGACAUAAUUUUGAUUUUUUUAAUCUCAAAAUUUUGAUUGCAAAUAAUUUUUUUUCUCUACAUGUGGCCCUUAUCCUCUUUUGUAAUAUUCAGAAUCAGAUUUCAACUCCAUAAGUUAUUAUGCUUUUUAUGUAUCAUCAUGUUGAAUUUACAUUCUUCAAGUACAAACAUCAAAUUUACUCAGUGUGAAUCACAUAUUGGGAGAGCAGAGGCUUUUAUUAAACAUCUAAUCAACUUUUAUUUCGCUUUUAGUGCAAUAAAUUUAAAAAUCAAUAAAAUAUCAGGGUUCCUACGCAAGUAUGCAAAGUAUGGAGAAAUAUGGAAGUAAUUUGAUCAAUUUGCAGGUCUUUAAAAAGUAUAGAAAAAUAUCUGUUUCCAGAUUAUUACCACAGUUCUAAAGGACUGUUUUCUAAAAAUAGAAAAGUAGGUAUUUCCAAAAAUAAAGUAGGGUAUGGAAAAAUAUGGAAAUUCAAACUCUUCACUCUGGUCACCCAGAUUGGCCAAAGAUCCCCACAUAUCCAUGCAUUAAAACCCUUUCAUAACUAUUAACUCCAAUGUUCUGGAGAGAAGUUGGUGACAUUAAUGUAAGGUGGACCAUGAUGUGGUUUUUAGUUUCUUUCUGAGGUCCCCACUGUGUUUCUAAACCACUAUCAGCCACUCUCCUUGUUCUUCUGACACAGUAUGCUAAACACCGUGUCUGCUAACAGCACCCUGAGGCCCUGAGCUUUGAUCUGCUCUUUAAAAUAUUAAUGCAGUAAAAAGGUUUGAAAGAGGCUGCAAGAGGUCACCCAGAGUCUCACCACUAACUCUGAUGUACCCUCCAUUAUUACUGUUACAAAUAAGUCUGCACGGUGGCGUCUGGCUCUGAAACGUCUCCUUCAUUUCUGCAGGUGCGAGACUGUCCUCAGACCAGCUCCGGCUUCGUCCGCGUUUCCAAGGAGCUGAGGAACAAAGACGAGUACUCUCAAGUCCUCUUCUCGGGCUUCUGUAGAAAGGUACAGUCCGGUACAGUAUGUGGGAAAAGGAACACGCUGAUCAGAAAUGUCUGUUUUUGAACGAGGAGUUUCUCUUUUUCUGCUUUUUAGCUCUGGGAUGUUUUUCUCUCUCUUGCUGUGUUCCCCGUUACGCCCCCGCGCACUUUCUGUCUUUUGUAUCAGCUCCUCUUUCAUGUUUUCAUGUUCCAGCGGUGAACACGGCCCUCUCAGACAGAAAUAUAAAGACGAAAAUAUCAGAGGAUUCAUCAUGAAAGAAAUAAACUGGGAUUUUCUUAACCUUUAGGAUUUUCUCCUGUUAAAUAAAGUCCGCCUGUUCUGAAUGAAAUGAAAAGCCUCAGCUGAAUUAUUAUUUUACCUCCUACUGAACUUGCUCUUAUCUUCUCCCUGUGGAUAAAAGUGGCCAUAUUUUCCUUAUCGGGUUUUUCAGGGCGAGGGAUUCCUCUAAACUCUGUGUGCCGCUUAAGCCAAAGUAUAUCUGAAGAUAUGUGGGCUUUGAUAAAGUGAAAUGAAACCACCUCUAACUCUGACAAACCCACCAGAGCUUUUAUCGUCUUUUCUGCUGUUAUCUUUUUUGUUUUGUGUUUUUUUAAGUUUGCAACUCCGCAAGGAAAACCUGUUUUGAAUCCAAAGUAGCAGAAAACAGAAAGAGAGAUCCUAGACUUGUCUAAAAGGUUCUUAACAGAAAAUAGAAAAUGAGGAGCUUCAUCCGCUCACUCUCUCACUCUCUCUCUCUCUUUCCUUCUCUCGUCUGCUCUCUCAGGUGAAUAGAUUCAACAAAAGCACAGACCGAGGCCUGCUCGUCACAGACAAGUACGUCUACAAAUUAGAGCCAAAGAAACAGAACAAGGUUUUGAAGAGGCUUCCUUUGGACGCGGUAAGUACUCACAUGGGAGAGUGCAUUCAUGCACAGACGAGCCACCACACUCCAACCUGAACCUUAAAGCUGCAGAGACACACGGACUCAAGCCCGUUCAGACUAUAAGCAACCCAAACCAUAGAGUGACUCAACACUGAACGAUAAAGUCUUGUUGCGUGUGUUCGUGUCGUAGAAACAGACAUCAGAACAAAAAACAAGGCCUGGGUGACCUUAUUUGUGUUCCUUAGUCCAGGUCUGCCUUUCCCUAGUCAUUUUUCCUUUCUGGAAAACAAACUACAUCUUUGUUUCUGCCAUAGACUCUAUAUAGAAUGGACGCCGUCUGCCUCCUUGCUGGAUGAAGCCACUCAAAGAACAGCACCCUCUGGUGACGGGCUGCAGUAUAGGUCAUAAAUCCUGCCUCCUCCAGCAAUCCCUACGGAGCUGUGGACAAACUUUAGAAACUUAUUAGACAGAAUGUAAAUUUUUUUGUGAUGUUGACAUGUAGUUAUUGCAAGACUGGUUGCAAUAACUCAAGUUCUCUUUUUUCUGUGCAGCUCCUUUUUUAAAAGUUAUUUGGGGGUUCAUGUUUUCAAUGAUUGACACUUGAUACAGCAUGUGGGUAGAUGAAGAUCGCGUAGCUCACCCGGGGGAUACGCUGUUUGAGUCGAGCGUCACAGGGCUUGACACUUAACUUGCUUCAAGCGGAGCACAUGUGAUCCUAAGUUGAAAAAGUAAGGAGCAAACAAAGAACUUGAGGGGCACAAUGAAAAUUGAUCAAAUAAUGUGUGUCUGAUUGUCCGACCUUAGUACUAUGAUUCGAAAUCAAUUUCAGGUCAACUGGUCACAUGACAUGGAAGCUAUUGAGGAAAAACAGCCUUUUCUGAGAACAUCAACCGGCAAUUUAUUAAUGGUCUCUUAUUCAACACCCGACGUUGACAGUGAGGGUGCCGAGUAGAUUUAAACGCACUGCUGUUGCUAUUCCCAGUUAUGGAGAGUGAGGACACCGGUAGAUCCGCAAUGAAUGUGCAUGGAUAUCCAACCUAAAACUAACUUCACAGCGGUAUUUACAUGAAAAAACAUUUGUUGCCUCGUCUGAUUUUUUUAUGCGCACAUGUGCCCCGUGAAUACGUUUCACAAUUCGCACUCAUCUAUUUUUGGUCACAAAUGCGAGUGAAACGGUCGCACUAUCGAGCCCUGCGUCAUCACAGUGACUCGACGACUCUCCCGCUGAAUACGCACAACGCCACUGUGCAAUGUUGGUUUGAGGAAGUGGAGAAAAACGCGGAAAUACCAAGAGCAACUCGGCUUCAAAUCUAUAUACUGUCAGAAGGUGGAACCAAGUUGACCACAGUGUAUACAGUCUUUGGUUUCUGGUCCUUUGACUUUUGAACUAGACCGAAAAACUUUCAAAGAACUAUAAAUGAACUCAUGAAUUCAUCUGAAUUUGAUGUCAACAUGAAAGUUUCAGGUGGCCAAAUAACCCCUGCUCCUACUUUCCCAGGUUCAGCAGCUUAAUAGGUGAAGUCGAUACUUGGACCUGCUUCAUCUUAACACAACAAGAAAGUUACUUGUCUUGGCGUGAGGAUUAGAGCUGCACGUGUGUUGUUCUCUCGUGUUUUAAGCUCAGAUUGGUCCAGAAUACCUGGUUUUGCUGCAGUGGACUUGUGAAAAAAAAAAACCUCUUAAUAGUCCAAGGUCGAAAGUGCUGCAUGCCUCUGGUAAAAGCUUUUUUUAUUAACACCAUGCUGUGUAAAGGCAGCGCAGGAUACCUCCAUAAAGAACGAGGUCAUCGGGCUGCUGGAUCAAAACAAUCCAAAAAAAACGAAAGUGGGUCAGACUGGCAAGAACAAAACGGGUAAAGAGCAUAAAAAAGCGGGCAGGGGUGAGAGUAGAAAUGGGCCGGAACAUAAAUCACAGGUCUGAUGAGUGAGAAGGUGGGGGAGUAGGAGUGACAGGAUUGGGUUAGGACUGGAGAGAGUCUUUGGAUCUGAAAUGAAAGAAGUAAAUUUGACACAGGAAAAAAAACAAAAACAAAAACAAAAAGAAAUGAUCAGAUACUUUUCUGUACAGGAUGAUCAGUAAACCGCCUCUGAUUUAUGAAACAGGUGGAGUAUCUCUUUGACCUUAGAUUUAAGUCUCAGCCCUCAGAUAAUCUGUUACAUAAUGAACCUCAAUCUCAACCAAAAAAGGGCGCUGACACACCAAACACACACCAAACCGCAGCUCCACUUCCUAAUAACUACUGAGAAUGUGGGUCAGACCCGGUACUCUGUCCCAGCUGUCAUUUAUUUACUCACACUCCCGCUCAUACACGCAGAACUCCAUCAUUUUUGACCCAGGUCACAGCCGUCCAUCAAUAAUAAAGAGUACAAAAGCAGUAAGAGGACUCAGGGGGAGAGAACAGCGUCUACUUGUGACUCCGGGAGCUCAUGACCUGUUUUGUCGGGACCUGUGAGAGUGUCAGGUCAGUCAGUCUGUGUUUGUCAGGUGUUAGGGUUGAUGUGCAGACAGAUGGUGACAGCUCCGUUUAAUCUGAUGCUCCGAGUUCAUCUGAAAUAGUUUGAUGUGUUUGACACAGGAUGUCAGGAAGGGGAGCGGGGCAUCGAUUACAGAGUUUUACAGCCGCUGAACAUGAAGAGUCGGAGCAUUUUGGAAUAAUUUAGUUAAUGGACUAUUUGCAGAGCCUCGUGUGGCACAUCACAGAAGCAGUAACUCUUGGAGUCUGAACACCUCAGUCUGUUGAAUAGUGUACAAACCCAUCAUCUCAGUGUGCAGAUGACCUGGCUGCAAACUGAAGAAAUUAACAAAUUGACACUAAGUGUAGAUUAAAAGAUGAUUAUAAAAUCAUUUAUUUAUACAGUUUAAAAAAACAGUCCCUCAUAUUUCACAAUAAGUAGCACUUUUAUAAUAUUUUCUCUUCACCUUAAUUGCCAAAUUAACAUUAAAGCUUCCAUACAGAGUUUUUUUUAGACUGAAAUUAGGGCGACCAUAUUCUGAAUCCCCAAGAGGAGGACACGACUACUCAGGGCAGAGUCACAGAGUUGCUCGUAGUAAAUUUUGAGAGUUUUUUGGGUCGGUCGAGUGUUUUUUUAUGCGCUUCUAACUCAGUUAGUCCAUGUGACACAAACUCAACACUUCCAUACAAAACCCCGGACAUUUGAAGGAUUUUAUAAACUUCCCCAGACUGGCCAGACAUCCCCCCAAAAAGAGGACAUGUCGGGGUAAAAGAGGAUGUACGGUCACCCUACUGAAAUUCAUACUGAUGUCAUGAUUUCCAAAAGCAAACAAGAAAAUCAGCCACAAGAUUUGCAAUAAUUAUUAGGACUUCUCUUUCUGUUUUCAUUCCCAUGCAUUGUUGACGAAUUAUUAGGGAUGUAACAGUAUUGUAAAUAUUGCGGUAUUUCGGUUUUACAUCUCCCUUGAUCCCCUGCUCAGUGCAGGAAUAGAUGGAACCUCCCGCUAAGUUUAAAUAAGAAGUAUGAAGGCAUUUUGGUUUUGUGAUAAACAAAAAUGAACGAGAAGAAAAGACGACGGAUAUAUGAACUGUCCCAGACCGCAAUUUAGGGAGCACAAGUAAUAGGAGAAGCCACUCGAUGCACCGUGACUUGGAGAAGAUUUGUGAGGCCAAACCAAGAAGAGAGCAAGGCAUUUUAUAUUUAGAGCGGAAGAAGCAAAUACCACAAUGAUACCGUACCGUGGCCUUAAAGGGACAUUCCGGCGAAAAAUUAAGUUUACUCACCAACUCUUCUCCAGCAGCUGCUUGUUUGUGGGGGGGAGCCCUGACGAGUCGAUCACAGAGUGCAGCAGAUCUUUUCCUUGAAGUAUUAAUCAUUUUGCACUGCAGACGCAGUAGUUCUUCUGCCUUAGCGUCUUGGUCUGAUUGCAAUUCCAUGAAGAAAUGGUCAUAAAUGUUCUUCCUUGAGCUGCGAAACUCCGCUGCACUCAGUGAUCGACUCGUCAGGGCUCCCACCACAAACAAGCAGCUGCUGGAGGAGUGGUGGACCGCUGUGUGUUGCUAUCAUGCGGUCGUUGCUGAAGUUGGUACAACUAGAGAAACAAGCAGUCGCCAACAUUCAUCUUUGGAGGGAGUGUCUAACUCCGUGUUACUGUGUGUUUGACCCUAAAUUAAUUCUACGCCAGAAUAUCCCUUUAAUACCAUGACAAUACGUACCGUGAGAUUUUGAUAUGUUGCAUCCCUACUAAAUAAAGUUUGAGAAAAAAAAAGGUGCCACCUUGAACUCUUAGUUUACAAACCAUCACUCUGGAGGAUAAUUUCACUUCACCAGAAAAGUCAUCACAACUUCGUCAAACUACAUUAUUUCUUGUAUUUAUUGUCAUAUUCUUGUACCAGGAGACAUUUCGAUGUAGUUUUGGUGUUUUAAGCUGAAACAGUACCCAGAUGUUGAGUUGGUACACUUUGUCUCUCAGUGUUUUUACGAUUACCUUGGAUAUAUGAGGACGGACAACACCUACUUAACAGAGAGUGAGUAAGCACAGCUUGAUGUCCGGCAGAGGUUUUAAAGAGAGAAAGAGAGAGUCAAGAGAGAGGGAGAGGGAGAGAGCAGAAACAUGCCAGAGGGUUAAAAACCAUCAUUAUGCAGCAGCGCAGCGGCUAAAGAUAGCUGAUGCCAUUAAGCUCUGCUGCUCACACUGAGGGGAAUGAGUCUUAUCCAGGUCAGAAACGGAGAAUAAAGCGCUGUGGAGGAACGCUGCUUUUCUCUCUCAGUGUGUCACCAGAUCAACAGUCAUCAAUCUAACUGUCAGCGCUGACCUCUGAAAUAUCACACAGGUUAAAAACUGAUGGAAACAGGAUCACCAAACAACAGAGGAGAGAAGAACCGGGGCGGGUUUUCCACUUCUCCUGUUCAACAUUUCAAUCGUCCUUAAAUCAUGUCACUCAAAACAAGAGAACUGGAUGACUUGACAAAACAGCUUUUUUCACGUGUCAACUUGAAGUAAUACUAAUCAGUGAUGUUUUGAUAAUUGGUUCAUAUUGUGCAGAUUAUUGUAUUUCCCACUCACACCGUACACUGUAGUUAGUUGUGUUUCAAAGGGCCUGUGUCCACUGACAGCAUUUUAAUGUCCAGUCUUGAGCCAUUAUUUCCCUCUUUAGUAAAAACCAGUAAAGUCCUACUACGAUUGUUUAUUUUUUUACUACUUUUAAAGUUCUCAGUGGUCUUUAAAUUGCGAUUAUGAAGUUUUUGGCAAAAUCACGUUACCUGUCAUUUUUAAGUGCUUUUCUUCAGCAGAACUCCGGUAGCUCAUUAUCAAUUCACCUCUGAGUCGUGGGCGGAGACAGCACUACCCAUAAUGAAAGUUAAUAUCAAAAUUAUCUUUCUUACGAGCAUUGCAAUCUGCUAACACACACACUUGUUCUGUGAUCGUCCUCUCUACUUCUCCGAGUCUGGCCUGCAAUGCGGGGCUGCGGGGGCGGAGCUUGGAUUUGUGACAUAGGAAAUCUCACUGUUUGUGAGCUUGCCGUUUGAGUCUGCCAGAGAUUCACAGCAAUUUGAAAGCAGAAAUACUCAGAAAUGCAAUUUUGCACUUAUUUUUCUUGUGAUAUGUCCUGUAGCGUCAGAAAAAUGCUAUUUGAAAAAGAAAGACAACAAGAAAAACAUGAUUUUCAUCGUCGUAGAAAUUGCUGUUUGUUCGUUUGUUAGAUGUUUUUACAUAAGGAAUCGUGCCCCAGCUUGAGCAGCAGCUAUAAACCCGGAAAUCAUCUCCUCAAAUAAACAAACCAGGAUGCCUGAGAUGAGCAUGUGAGGGACAGACCAGGAUUGUAUCCCGGCACAAAGAGCUGUGUGUUGAAGAAGCUGGUUUUAAGGCUUAUUUCUGACUUUUAGAGUCAGUUUAUGAAACCGUCCAUGCUUUAGCCAGUUUGAUCUGGAUCCUUGUAACCCAACAAAAUAAGGUCAAUAAAGGCUUGGUUGACAGCUCCGGAUUUGGUCAGAUUUAGUUUGUCCUUUAGCACCACAACUGUUGAGUUGAUAUUUUUGAGAACAUGGUGUUGUUUCUCUCCAAAAUCCGCCUCUUCAGUUCAACAUUUCAUGGUUGAAGCAGAUUUUGGACCAAACUACAUCAGGGAGGAGCGGGUGUUAUAUAGACUCCCAUAUGAAUGAUUAGAUUUACACUUGAGUCUCCUCCCACAAUCCACGUGUCAAACUGAGCUUGAGGAGGCUAAUAGACCCUCUAUUACUCCUCAAUUCUCCACCUUCACUGUGUAGGUGUGUAAUUGUGCGUCUGUACGAGGAUAAGAUUAGAACCUGACGAGUGUGCGUCAUCGUUGCAUGAGUGUGUUAAUGGAGAAACAGCAUGUAAUGUAAAGCACAAAGAGCGGCAGGAACACUGCGAAACUGCGAUGGAAGUAGAGUCCAUUAAGCAUUUACCAUUUACAUGACUCAGAGCUGUGAUUGGUGCAGAAGACGGACAACCGCCUCAGAAAUAGUUCCUCUGGUAAAAGGUGAAGGUACGCGCUGGUCUGCGUGAAGAUUUAAAGUAAGAGAGUAACAACAGCUUUAAGGCUUUAUCCACGAGCUGCAGAGGGAGGAGGAGGCUGAGAACACACAGUUUCAAAGUACAGUCUGCAGCUUAUGUUGAUUAACUUUUUGAAUUUGGGUCAAAUUUAAGUGAAUUUGGGAAUGUUUUUGUCCCCAACUGCAAAGAAGAGACACACAGAUAAAACCAAACACUGAAAAAUAUUGAGGAUGAACUGACAGUGAAAAUAAGCUGCAUCUUUUAUAUGUACGUAUUAGAUCAUAUGACCCUGAGCUCACUGCUCUAACCAGAUCAGACAGCUCUCCUGAUAUGAAAACAAACUGAUGAGAAAAUUCAUAAAACCCUCCACUGAGGUUAUUCUCAAUUAAAAUAAUACUUUAAAUCAAGUGAUGUAGCAGUAAAUCACAUUUUUAAUACACUAAAUGACUGAACCUCAGACCGAUGACCUCUGCAGCAGCGUCCCCGUCCCGGUAAGAACAGGUUGUACCAGAAUGCGGCCUCGUCGGUGUGGCACGUUGUCGUCCCUGCAGGAUUAACCUGUGUGUCGUGGGGGCUGUAAGAGGCUUAGUCUACGUUUGUGUCCCAUUCCCUCUAAAAUCUGUCACACACCUCACUUUCUCUCACCACUUACACUCAGGUACUGUACAUGAGUACAGGAGGGAAGUACAUUACUCAACUUUUACCACUUUUUACUCAACUUUAAUUCACAGAGGAACUUUGCUCUUUUUCCCCUCUAUCUAUACCCUUUAAUAACAUCUCUUGGUCACUUCACAGAUUUACAUCACUCUGUGUUUUUAAGGAUUUAAAUAUCUGCUUUUUACUCAAGUAUUUCUACUCUCUUGCAUCCCUCCUCUCUCCUAGGUAUGUUUUCUAUAAACUCAUCUCCCCCUGCUGUAAAUCUAUGCAUUACUCCAGCUGGGUCACACCUCACGCCUCCUCUUUCAUUACACCUCCAGCGGCACACGUGCGACACAGGCAGAGUUUCUGUCACCCUACAUACUGUGAGCAGAAAUAAUCCACAGACUCCAGUCACGGCGUGAUCUUUUGAUCCUGGAUAUACUGUGCUGCGUUUUAUUAAAUUCACAGGUAUUAUACGUCGACGUGAUAAUCCCUGACAUAUUUAAACAAAUGCAUUUCUGGCGCUCAGUGUGACACUAAAUAUCACAGUCAUUGGGCUGAUGGUCAAGUGUUAUACGGAAAUACAUGGAAGUGAGACAUUCAAAUGGUAAUCCACUGUGGACAUAAGAAACACAUUCAAAAUACUUGUAUUUUACACUAGAAAUGGAUAUUUUUAAUGCAGUACUGCGGUCUAUUUUUAGUUUUCGGGCUUGCAUUUUUGCGCAGAGAUUUCUGUCAUAUUUAGGGAUCUUAAAAUAAUAAUAAUUUGCGCUGUAAAUAAUGAAAUCCUCAGACGCUUUGGAGUUUUAAGAGUCCACAGUUUCUAUAAUCACAAACAUACAACAUACAACAGAAACCUCAGUGUGAAAUAAAUCAUAUGUAUAUUCUGUACACAUGUAUAACGUAAAUAAGACUCAUGUACAUAUCUUUUUUUUAUCCUUUAAUUUCUCUUUUUGAAUCUGUAUUUAUGCUGCUGUAAUUUUGGAAUUUCCCUCCAUGGGACGAUUAAAGGAAUAUCUUAACAUCUGAUAUCUGAUGACUGUGUUUUUGUUCCCUCCUCAGUUUACAGGCAUGAGCGUGACCAGCGGGGUCGACCAGAUGGUGGCGCUACACACGGCCGCCCAAGACGACGUCCUGCUGUGUCUGCAGCAAGGGCAGCUGAGCCCCAACCAGGACCGAGUGGGCGAGCUGGUGGGAUCCAUGGUGGACCACUUCACAAGGUCAGUCCCACAACGUCACGUCAAACAUCAAUAGUGCGUGUUUGAUACUAAACAGCAACAUAAGACCAAGUUCACAAGUCAAAUGAAAUCAGGUCUGGUUCCUGGUUUUAAGUGUGCCGCAUUUUUUAAGUCCCAUAAUUCAGAAAAGUUCCCAAACAUAUCUUGGAAAAGCACCUUCCCUCUAAAUCACUUCUCAUUUCUACUGUUCAUAGAAGACUUAGAGUUUGUUAUACUUUUACCUUUCAGCAACUGGGACAAAUAGUGUAAUGCUGUUUGCUGUUUGUCACAUUUUUAGAUUUCACUUAAUAAGAAAGAAAAGGGCUUUUAUUUUCCAUUCAUUAGUAUCUGAUUCUAUGAAAAUGCGUCGCUUUACUUUUUAAUCACUCUCCGUUUCAUGAAAUGAGCUGGAGCACAGUACUGACAUUUUCAACACCACAGUUUAGAUUGACAGAAGACACCCAACACUUUACUUUGAUCUAUAUAUGAGUAUUAUUGAUAUUUUCCAACUAAUUUAGUGUAUUUUAUCGGUGCAAUAAACACCACUUUCAGGAGUAAGCACAGUAUACAUCAUCCACUAUAUAAUAUACACAAUUCACUGUGAAAUAUACACAUUAUUUUAAAAAUGCGUGCUUCUAUCGAUGAUUUUUUAGUGUAUAAUACACAUUUUUCAUCCUACAACACACAGUAAUGUAUCCUCAGUUCAGUUUAGAGUAUUUACAGUGUGUUGUUUAUUGUUUGAGUGUCCCCAUGUUUCUGCUUUGGGUGUGACACACAUCGCUUAAUGCGCAAUAUACAGUCUGCACCCUAUGAACCGAGCAUUAUACAAUAUUCACAGUGCAAUAUGCAUUGUUUUUACAAAUGCAUGUUUGUACUUGGAAAAUGCAUUUCUCUUGUGUAAUAUACAUGAUCUACCGUGCAAUAUACAUCAUAUACAGUGAAAUAUACAUAGUUAGAAUCCAGUGCAUACUUCUACAAUGUGCAUUAUCCUUAAUUUACAGUUCAAUUUAUGCCACUAACUGUGCAUUACACUCUAUUUUGCAUAUUUUGCUACCUGAAUAAUGUGCACUUAUUACCAUCUGUUAAAAAAAGUUCAUAUCUUGAUUAGUUUUUGCUGUCUUGGUACCCUUGCAAGAUUCUGGUAACACACCAGUACUGCAGAUACAGAUCUCCAUAUUUUACAUACUGAUUACAUACAUGUUUGUUUGCUCCUGAUGACAUGUUAAUUCUCCGGAACCAUCCACAGCAGGAGCUGAUUUCUCUCAUUACAGAACUUUGACCAGAGAGGGGAUAUUAAUGAGAGCGAUCAGCUGGUGAGGCGAUUGUUGGAGAAGAAAAACACUCGGCCUCCCAGCUCACAUGAAUAAACACAUGAGCAUCAGAAUCAUUGUUAGCGGUCAAGAGACCCGCGGCUCAAAUGGAGUCUAUUAACGCAGAAUAACAAUUACGCAAAUCAUAUUCUUGGCAUUUAUCAGUGUCAUAGUUGUCUGCGUCUAUGGGCCGCUGUGAAUAAAGCGCCAUGAAAUGAAUCAGUCGCGCUGACAUUUAUCACAUUUAUCACCCCAACCUGAUAUGUCAUUUCUGUUUUUGAGUCUGAUUCACAUCCGCCCACAUCCAUCUCCGCCAGACUCCUCUUGAAUGGCGUGACCUACAAGUCUUCACACACAGCAGACUGUUUUGGUUGUGUCAGUGGGCGUGAGUGUGUGUGUGUAGAAGUGUGGGCGUGUUGUUGUAAGCACGGCCCGCUGAGACAGCACCCAGUCCGCUAGGAUUGGUCUCCCAGAGUCUUAAUCUUCCAAAUCCUGCUCGGACCACAGCCAGUGACGUAGGAAAAGGACUGAACAGAUGCAAACGCAGGGCAGAGGGAAUUCUCUCUGCUGGAGCCAAAAAUCCCCCAAAACAGAUUCAAUUAUUUUAGUGUUUCAACUUUACAAAGAAGUUUGAAGGUUCAGUCUUUUAAAUAAGGUCCACUGGUGUUUGUGGAGCUUUCAGCCUCUGAGUACAUUUACAUAGUUAGGUCCCAUGAUAACAAACUAAACCAUCUGCAUUUGUUUGUUUGUGUCUUUUAGCUCAAGGCCUGUUUCCCCCGAGAUCAUAUUAAAAUCACAUUAAAAACAUGCAGAAUUAGAAUAUGGACGUACAGCAUGUGACUUCAACAUAAAUAACACUGAAGCAAACCCAACAAUAACUCUGCUGAAGGAGAUGAGGCACAAGUUUCUAAAACAUGACGUGAAAUGGAAAUGAUAACUUUUACGACCUCACUACAGUGUAAAUGAAUCACCAUCAUCACCGUCUAGAUUUGGUUCUGUGUAAGUGUCAUUUAUUAUAGUUUUAGGUGACCAGACAUCCCCGGGGGCAGUCCCCAAUUAAAGCUUUUCAUGAAUGAGAACAAAAAUCUUGCGUGUAGACUAGAAAAACAGUUAUUACGACAGCUGAGUAGGUAGGAAGCACGAGUAAACUUGUUGCACGCAGUCCUGAACAACAGUUUUUAUGAAGGUGUGCUACUAAUUAGUACCAACCUAAUGACUUUGUUGCUAGAUUUAGCAACUUUUCAGACCCCUCUAGCGACUUAUUUUCAAAAGAGCACCUAGCGACAAAUCUAGCGACUUUUGCUGGAGUUAAGAGACUCCAACAUAAACGCAGAAAUAGAUGUUACUCUUCUCAACGGGUUGCUAGUGUGUAUGAAAAACACAGACACUUCGACAUCCCUUGGAAGACUCCUCCUCCUCCUUUUCCCGGGGGUGGUGGGGUUGGUCGCGACAGUGGGUUUGACAGAGAUAUUAUGCAAAUAUGCAAAUUAGGCGAUGGCCACCUUCUUAUAGUUACCUUCAUAUUAGGACUGUAAAGUCCUAGUUAACCAGUCCACUUAUUGGUCGAAAACGUGCUAAGUCGAUCAAAAAGGAGUAACUUAAGUGCUAAUGGGGGUGUUUUCAGAGCACCCCUUGUUUCACAGGUAACACCCUGUCUCAGAACACCCCCCUUGUUUUCACCAUUUUGGACUCUGCUGGUUUACUGAAUAUUUAUUUUAAUUUUGAGCGUUUCAACUUCCCUUUUGUGUUUAAUUGCUGUCUUGUGCUGAUAUCAGUAUAUUUUCACACCACUGAUCCACGUCGUCCCUCGCUGCAGAAGGGUUUGCCGUCAGAGUCAAUUUUUGGUCAAAAAUUUCAGGGUUUUAGUUGACCAGGCAUUUCUUUGGUUGAUUACAGCCUUACUUAAUACGCUCUGUAAGAGGCUGUAAAAGUACAGAAAAAAGCAACUUCAUAUGCAACAGGACAUUCAAAUUAUUUUACAUUCUGCAGACAAGAAGAUGGAUGAUUUAAUUGGGAUGAUUUUAGUCUAAUGAUGAUAAUAAACAGCUGCAGCCACCGUGGUGAUCUCUGCCCAGAUAAGUCCAUUAGCUCAAACUAAUGCAGUCUACACUUCAGUCCUGCUGUAAUUUUUGCCUCCAUUAAAGGUUGAAAUAAUUAGUUUUAGUCUGGUACUUGCUGAAUAUUUUUACAGCUGCAACUUUAAGUCUGACAGCCCUAUAUUCUUCCACAUAUUUCACAGUGUAUAAUGCUGUAUGUUAUCAGUGUGGGUUAGAAACAGCUGUGGUUACCUUAAACUGAAAUCAGUUGAACUUUUCUGAGGACAUCACAGACUAAACUGACUUCUUCUUGUGCAGUCAAAUACGAACCCUUAACUACAAUCCAAUUUUUACUUUUUACAGCCUGAGAAAGACUUCUAGAUCUUUCCUCCAGUGAUAAGAAAUGAAGUCUUUACUCCCCUUGUUCAGUCCAGCUACACCAAAAGAAAAUAAAUCAAGGUUUGACGGUUAACGGCGGCAAAUUAAAUAUUUAGCUGACGUCUCCCUGGUAGCUGGCUCACUUUUUCACUGACUCCAUUUUAGGAUUCUAAAUUAGCAAGAAGCAUGAAGGCGGAGAGGACUUGGUGUUACCCAUGGUUUACUUGUUGCAGAUGAGUGAGAAAGUUCACACUGUGUCCCACAUCCAGCUCAGCCAGUCACAGGAAUCCAUGACUUGUGUUUUAAAGGGAUAUUCCGGCGUGAAAUUAAUUUAGGGUCAAACACACCGUAACACCGAGUUAGACACCCCGUCGAAACAUGAAUGUUGCCGACUGCUUGCUUCUCUAGUUAUACCAACUUUAGUAUCAACCGCAGAUAUCAAUCAACCAAAACGCCACUCUAUAGCCACAAAUAAUGCUCAGAACAGCUCCUAACUUCAUCAACAGGACAUAUAGGGUCCCAGCCAUAGUACUAGCCACCAAACAUCUUUUUAACUUUGCCUUAUUUCUUUAGCAAAGAGACUAAACACAACUCACCUACUCUCUUCCAGCAGCCGCUUGUUUGCAGUGAAACCACGGGCCAGUCCAUUACAGACUACAGCGGGGUGCCGCAGCUCAGGGAAGAACAUUUAUGCACUGCAAACGCGGUAGUUCUUCUGCCGUAACGUCUCGAUCUGAUUGCAUUUUCACAAAAAAAUGAUCCUAAAUGUUCUUCCUUGAGCUGCGGCACCCCCCUGGCUAGGACCCUAUAUGUCCUGUUGAUGAAGUUAGGUGCUGUUCUGAGCAUUAUUUGUGGCUAUAAAGUGGCGUUUUGGUUGAGGUUUGUUUAUGGCUCUUCAGACCGCUGUGUAUUGCUAUAGUGUGGUCGUUACUAAAGUUUGUAUAACUAGAGAAGCAAGCGGUCAGCAACAUUUAUCUCUGGAGGGGGUGUCUAACUCGGUGUUAAAGUGUGUUUGACCCUAAUUUAAUUCACCGGAAUAUAAGUUAAAGUUAGUACAGUAUUAUGAAGAUGCUAAAACAUGCUCGCACCAUGAUAAAUUAUCCCCUCUUAGCUUGUUUUUGCUCUCCUGCAGCAUCAGGGUGUGUGUGUUCCCACUUUUACGAGUCCGCCUGUUUAUGCUUUUGUUGAUUUUGCGAGCUUCAGACUUUUGGUCCGAGUUUGGGUCCUUCAGUCGGGGGUUGUUUGUGUGUUACUGGGUCUCUGCAGCAGCUGUGCGUCUCUGCUCGGGGUGCGCCAGAGAAGGGUCGAUCAUCGUGGGGGGAGUCAGCUUCAGCUUUCUACCCGUCUUUGUGCCACCAUCUGCGGUGAAUGGAGGGGGGUCAUGACCUCAACCAGGCUACUCAUGAGACAAAGUCAGGGGUGAGCCGUGUAAGUGUGUGCGAGCAUGUGCGAGCGGGGGGGAGGAGGAGGAGCAUAACAACACACUCACUCUUCUUGUGCUUCCCUCUGUCAGGAAGUGAGAUUGAAAAGAUGAGAGUCACGCGCUCGUCAUUUUUGUUUAUGAGGCCUGGCGAAUGGUCAAAGAAAGAAAGAGUGAAUGAAGCGAUUGUGAUCCCUGCUUCUAUUUUCUCCCUGCAGUACAAACACGAGAGCAGGGAUCACUGAGUGUUUACAGUCGAGAGAGUUGUGCUGCGGUGAAGUCAGUCUCGUCCAAAAGUGGGUCAGUGAACGCGGCAUCAGACACACAAGGUAGAAGUCUGACUUCAAAGCUGCUCUGUUGGCAAGGUCGGCGAAGACAAGCUGUCUGGUUCCCUGUCAUGUCACAUCCAUCUCAAGUUCCCAUGGUGCGGCUCACUCCUCUUCAUCCCGUAGCAGCCUCCUCAUCCUCUCUCUCCUGCUUUCACCUGGGCCUGAGCUGUCAGCAUGAAUGAACGAGCGAGCGAGUGUGUCGUUAUGUUUACUGAGAUGGAGGGAAUUUGUGUGUGUUAGGAGUGGGGGGUCGACUCGGGGACCAUCUGCUGGGACAGCUGGGGAUGUAUGAGCGAGCUGAAGGCAGGAUUUAGGGAAUGAUCCGCCCUGGCCUUAAAAGAUUGAGAAGGAUUCUUUACUUAAAAGGUAAUUUGGGGAUUUAAUAACAUUACUCAUCACUGACCCUCAUCAGAAUAGAAGUUUUUACACCAGCUGUUUUCCUCAAGUUCCCAUGAAACAGCUCGACCCCUGUUUGGUCCUGGAAGUUAACAUGUCUUUAUUUAAAAACAGGAAGCUCGAAGGAGGGACUUGUUGUGGGGAGUGAUUGGCGUUUACAGUGUUGAAUGUUAUUGAAGAUGAGGACAUUCAAAUACAAACACAGUGUUGACCCAAAAGCUUCAAAGUCUGGUGUAUCAUGUGAGAGAAACUUGGAUGAGAAAACUGUAAACAACUUUUCACUCUAUCCUGUCCUGUUCUAUUCUAUUUUAUUUUAUCUAUUCUAUUUAUGGAUACAUCUAACAAAAGUUAUUUUAGCGCUUGCCUUGUGCUUGUUAUAAUCUGUUCUACUCUAUUCCAUUCUAUUCUGUUCCAUUCUGUUCUAUUCUAGUCUACAUUUACUACUCAACUGUAUUAUAUUUUGUUCUAUUCUAUCUUAUCCUAUCCUAUUCUAUUCUGUUCUGUUCUAUCCUGUCCUAUUUCAUUCUUUUUUAUUCUGUUCUAUUCUAUUCUAUCCUAUCCUAUCUUUUCCCAUCCUGUUCUGUUCUAUUCUAUUUUAUCCUUUUCUAUUCUAGGAUAAGAUAGAAUCCUAUCUAUUCUGUUCUACUCUAUUCCCCUACUCUAUACCUACUCCACUCUAUUCUGUUCAGUUUUAUCCUAUUCUAUUCUAUUUUAUUCUGUUCCAUUCUAUUCUACUCUGGUUUACUCUAUUCUAUUCUUUUCUAUUCUAUUCCUUUUUGUUGUAUUCUAUUCUGUUCUUCUUUACUCCAUUCCUUUCUAUUCUGUUCUAUUCUAUUCUAUUCUAUCUUAUCUUAUCCUAUCCUAUUCUGUUCAAUUUUAUUCUGUUCCACUCUAUUCCACUCUAUUCUAUUCUAUCCUAUCCAACCCUAUUCAAUUCUAUUCCAUCCUGUUCUAUUCUGUUCUAUCUUAUCUAAUCUAUUCUAUGCUUACUUGUUCUAUUCUAUUCUGUUCUAUUCUCAUUCUCUAUAAUUGUAUAUUGAUCAGUGUGAAAGAUUGUUUACUGCUUUGGUCAUUUUGUUCUGACUUUCAUGUCAAAGUUAAUUUGAUUUGAAUUCAGUAAACUAGAUGCAACUUCCAGAGUCAUCAGACAGAGUUAUCUUUUUCCUUUUUUUAAUUUUAUUUUGUUUGUUGAGUCCUGUAGAUGAUCUCUGGAAAUGCUGUUUUACUAAAAGUUUAGGUAAAUAUUUGUCACUUUUAGACCUCUCUGCUGCGCCCCUGAUAUAAGGUAGUUUAUUUUCAGGUGUUUCCUCCUCUUCUUAUCACUGAAAAAUUCGUGCCUGACAGGAACAGACCCGACUGUCUGAGAGUUCUUCCUCCAACUCCCCUGCAGAAGAGUCAUCUUCUUUUUUAUGUAUAAAUAUUUAUCCUUCUAUUCUGGGGGAAGAAAAGUAAAAUUUUAAUUUGCACUCCUCUCCCUUACUUUUCGUGUUUGUUUUCGUUUACUCUGUCUCUUCCUCCUCCAGCUUCCCUCCGUCUCCUCUUUUCUAAAUCAGCACUUUCACUUAUGAAUAUGGAGAGACCUGGGACGGUGUUGCAUUAAUAGCAAUCUUCUGGGUCACCCCUCCCUCCACAGUGUUGCUGGAAAACUGUGCAAAAAAAGAAGACGUGAUUUCUUUUUAACCCGGGAGCAGGAGUGAGAGGUCUUGUGAUGUUUUUAAUGACCACAGACACACACUGAGUUGUUCCUGAUGUCUGCGGACUUGUUGACUUUCUUGACCUCGUUUAGUGUAAACUGUUUGUCUGGUGAGGGAGGCAUUCAUCCCUCUCUAUUCUAAACUCACUUUUUAGGUCGUGAAAGGCGUCAUCCGAAGCUUAGAAUAGCCUCCUCUGUCUCUCUACCUCCCCUUUUCUUUCCUCCCUCAGUGACUGUCCUAAAUGUGUUCUUCUUUUGGUCGGUGCUGGCGGCUGGACCAACAGGAGACAGCUUCUGCUCUGAACUUUCCUCCAUCAGAUUGUUCCCUUUUACUAACUCUCUGCCCUUUUCUCUCUCUCUCUUUCAUUGUUCCUCCUCCAGAUUUUGGUUUAAUACACAGGCACAGGAUUAGUGCUGCUGCAGUUUUAAACAAAUACACUCCUUCACCUCUUUCUGCAGACUCAACAUCUAAUUGUAGAAUCAGUAGACAAUGGUGGCCUGGAUUUAGUUUAAGAAAUGUUCUGGUUUCUCUUUGUUGUAUAUUUUUUAUUCCAGUCAAUUAUAUAUCAGCAGGCUUUAUAAUGUGCAAGUGAAACCUAUUCUAUGGAGAGCAAAAGUAGGCGGGACUUCUCAUCUCCUAUCAGCAGUAAUCCAUCUCUAUGGAUAGAUGGGCCCAGCCAUCCUUUUUAAAUGUAGUCUUACAAUAAUAAUAAUAAUAAUAAUGAUAAUAACAAUAACAAUUACAAUAACAAUAACAAUAAUAAUAAGAAAAAUAAAAUAAUAUAUAAAAUAUAAUAAGAUAUAAAAUAUAAUAAAUAACAAAAUAAAAUGAAAUAUUAAUAAUGAAAUAAAAUAAUUAAAUACAAAAUAAAACAAUAAAAUAAAAUAAUAAUAAUAAAAUCAACAUAAUAAUAAAAUAAAAAUAAAAUAAUAAUAAUAACAAGUAAUAAUAAAAUAAUAAUGAAAUAAGAAAAAGUAUGAAAAGUAAAUAAAAAUAAAAUAAGAUAUAAAAUAAAAUAAUAAUAAAAUAAAAAAUAAAAUAACAAACUAAAAUAAUGAUAGAAAAAAGGAAAAAAUAAAACAAGAUAUAAAAUAAAAUAAUAAUAAAAUAAAAAAUAAAAUACGAUAUAAAAGAGAAAAUAAUAAUAAUAAUAAUAAUAAUAAUAAUAAUAAUAAUAAUAAUAAUAAUAAUAAUAAUAAACCAAACAGAAAUCCUUUCUCAUUGUCCUAAAAAUAUAAAACAAUAUUUUGUCGCCCACCAGACAUGAACACUGACCUAUUUCUCUCUGUUCUCUAGCAGUCAAUGCUAAUCAGUCACAUAGUUACAUUUAUUUUCACCCUGCAGCCUGUUGAUCAAAAUUCCUAUCUUCUACCAUGUGAGCUUGACUGGUGUUAGCAUGUGUUAAAACAUUAUUCACCAAAACUAAAACAGUAAAACUGAAACAAUAAAGUCCACUCAGUUCACUUCUGCUGUGAUUUAUUAUUAUCAGUGUUUUUCUAUUUUCAGUCAGUCAUGGUUUCCUUGUAUUAAUUUGUCGUGAUUCACAGUCUUCAUGCUUUUCAUAAAAAUAUUAAGGUCACGUAGUUAUGAUGACAGCCAUAAUUAAAGGGAAAUUAUUCCACAUUUCACGCAAAUGUCCAAUCAGUGUUGAUGAUAAAUCGACUAAUUAAAGCCACACAUUCCUCAGCAUGUGCUUGAACUACAAACAAGCUGAAUUCUCUCUUUGAGGCUUGAAUGUGGAAAAAUAAGGAUCAUGAUCGUCUCUGAGCAAAUGUUUACAAAGUCCUCUGACAGACAAAGCAAGGUGAAGAUUCUAACACUGAACACUGCAGGAAAAAAGCGAGAAGAGUAAACGUAAAUAAAGAGAAUAAAAGUGAUGAAACAGAUCGUCAACCACAGCGGAGCAAUAAAUGAUAAAUCAUAGCAUAUAGGAAGAUCAAAACAGAACGAGGCAUUCAAGGACUUUAAAGGUUAGGAGCGGAAAACAGGGAACAUAAAAACAGAUAAAAAAGAUGAUAAAUUAAUAGAUACACAGAAAGAUAAAACCGUGAAAAAGGGCAGUAAAAGGAGGUAUCAGAAGAGGACUCAUGAAUGUUUGUCAAAGUCCGUCAGAUGAUAAAAACACUUUUACAGUUCUUAACUGUUUGUUUGGAGAGUUUUUACAUCCUUUCUUCAUCUUUCAGGGUUUGUUUACUACUUGGCUGCCAUGAAAGAAAAAUUAAAGUUUAAGUUUAAGCAGAGACACUUUUUUUAAUCAUACAAUAUGUGCAAAUAUCAGUUCCGGACAUAAAGAUCGUGGUAUCUUGAAGAAGAGAUAGUUGUUCCAAAGAAAUGUUUUCAUCAUGGAAAUAGAAAUUUUCUGUGUGUGAUCUGCUGCUCUGUGGACUCACAGACCUUUACUGAGGCCGGUAUUUCAGUCGUACAGGAUAUAUAAUCCAGUGCUUGUUUGUUUGUUUGGGUCCAGAUCUGGUCAGUAUUUGAGGCCAGUAUGUUUCCCAUAAUCCUUCCCCCAAACAAGAAAGCACACAGCACAAACAGCAUAACCUCCUCAGCAGAGAAGGGCGAUGAUUUCCCAUUAAAAAACGAUUUCACUGCGCGGGCAAACAUUUCACUGGUAUUGUUUGUCAGGCCGACUGUUCGCAGGAGAAGCAGAGGAGAUCGUUUCUCAGCUGAUAGCGGAACAGUUCGGUCUAACCACGAGCCUUUGAAUCGCUUCAUUAUGCUGAUGCUCGUGAAAUGGAAACAAUUUUCCAGGUGAAACAAAUUUCACAGAGCGGCUGCAGAGGAGGCGAUAUGAGUGGAGGUUUAAAAGUGAGAGCGAGGGGAGGGGUUGGAAACAUCAAGUGUCACGAGCGACUCAAAGGCUGUGAAUACCGCAUGAUAUUUCCCUUUCUUCUCAUUUUCAUCACGCCCAGAGAAGCCGAUUUCAAAAACACGUCCUGUCUACGCCUCUUUCUUGGUUAUUUACACUCGGGGACUUUCUGUUAAAGCGCCUUAGAGCCUCCUGUGGGCCGGCGACUGACCUCGAAACUGCACCAGCAUCAAAAGGCCUCUUUGUGGAUUCAAACGGCGCACACGUGCUGCCUGGAAAUCGACCUCAGAGUGCAACAAAUGGAUUUACCAACCACAUUUUUAUUCUUCACAACAGUCCCUGUAGUGUUUGAUGCCACACAGAAAGAAACUCAUGAGCUCUAAAUGAGGAGUUCUAACCCCUGACAGCACAUGUUUGGAUGUUUUCUCUCUGUCACUCAGCUGAAGAUGUUCACACAGAUAGCUCUGACAGUGUCCUCCUGAGGUGAACAAACGCCGAUUAUACUUUUCAACAGUUUCCAGUCACUGAUAAUCGAUUAGAUGAGAUGUUUGGCUCAUCUUCCUCGCAGGCCUGCCGUUAAACUGAUUUGCUUUAAUCAGAAACACAGCGCUCUUGAACUUCUCCACGCUGAAAGAAGUGAUUGAAGCCUCUUCUGUUUAAGUACAUCACACUUCAUGACUGGAGAACCAAGUGUUGUUUUUCCCUCUAUUUACUCGCACUGUUUAUAUAAACCGCUCUAAAAGCGUUUGCUCCGCUGAGUUUCCCGAAUGACUCAUUUUUUUCCCAGAAUGCCCCCCGAUGAGGCUCAAGACGCAGGGUGCAGCUGGUUGCGAUAGGCCCGCUGUUUCUGAUGACGCUGAUGCUGAUUAUAAUGGAUGAGAUCGGAUAGUGAUGAUCAACACCGUGACACACAACGCAUGCGGGUCGGUUCACUCCCCGCCUGCUGCCCGGCUUCUGCCCACGUUACCCCCGCUGCUCGGGGCUGCAGAUGCUGCUGUUGCCAAAGCAAUGGUUGCCGGGGAGAGCAGGAAGCGCUGAUUGAGAUUGAAGCGAGAAAUUGCAGGGUUUUGUUUGUGGGGGUCAGGUCGGGUGACGAGAAGGUUUGGGUUGAAGUGUUUGGACUCUGCUGGAUAGAAACGAGCAAACAGGGGAGACACAGCUUCGACUAUCACCCUUUUUUAACUUUAGGGUAAGUUUGGCACAUUUACAAGACUUUGAGUUAGCUCGGCAUAAAGAGAGAGGGGAAAAAGCUUCUGUCCAAAGGUAGCAAAUGGCUCAUUUACGCUCGCCAUACAUAUGAAAAUGAAUGAAUGAAUGCUUUUAUUUUGGUUUAAAAAUAAAAAUAUUGUCGCAUUUGUUCAUUUUCCUUUUAUUACAUAUAAUUAUUUAUAAACAAAUGCAAACAAAAUGUCCGACCAGUCUGGCGAUUUUUCGAUCAUAUGGCGUACCUUUGGUGAAAGACUCUGCCAAGCUCUGUCAUAUGAGAGGAGCUGCUACAGUUUUAGUUUUUGGUGCAGCGGGUGCGCCACGCAUCUUUUGGCUCUCAUAAUAGAACUUAGCGUGUUUCAUCUUUAGGUGUUGGAAAAGGUUGUUGGUGUUUUCUCCUCCAGCAACGACAACCACACGACACUCUUUGUCGGAAUCUCUAAAUCCGAAGAAUCUCCAGACAACCGAUGUCGCGGGUUGCCUCCGUUUGCUCGGUACUGUCACUAAUCUCCGCGUCCGCCAUGACCACCACCAGUGAAGCUGUUUCUUCUUCGUUGAAACUGUGCCAAGCAGUCUGCUGGACACGCUGGUGAUUAUAGGGGGCGCUCCCAAACCGGACUUAUCAAACGCUGCACGACACGCUGGUGAAUAUACAAAAACGCACCCAAACGGAUGCACUCCGGCUUUCCUGUUAGCGAGCGCAGACGACUACACACUGACUCAGAGAAAUGCAGCAGACAUCUGCUCUCUCUCUCUCCGCUAUAAACAGUAUCACAAAAUUUCUACCGGUAGGCACUUUUAUACCAUCACACAGUAUUAACUGUCAUACUACCCAACCAUUACAUCCACCAGGGGGCAGGCCAGAGUCCAAAGUUUCUGACGACAACAAACAAAAAGAAACAUGGCGACUGUGGAGAAGCUAGUUAUAAUGUAUAUUUUGCACAGGAGACAGAAACAGAGGCAGUGUUGGAGGAGGUGGUGGUUGGUCAGGCCACUAAAUGCCUCGUGGUUGGAGGACGGAGAAUUCUUACUUUAGUCGUACCGCUGAGAGAAAUUGACAACGAUCCUCAAAAUACCAGUCAUUGUCUUCUUUGUUUCUCUCUAGAGAUACGUAUCGGAUUGUGACAGCAGCAACACCGCCCCCAUGGUUUCCGGUGGUACUGCUCCGUCUGACCCGUAUCUGUAAACUUCAAGGAUACUUGUAAAAAUACGGACGAAAAGAACACGCAGCACAGACGGAACGCUCUGUCCGUAUCUGAAUCUGUAUGUUACAUUGAGCAUAAAUGAGCCUUAAGACUCACUAAUAAACACUUGAUGUAUUUUUUGUUUAAUCCGAGCAAAACCAGAUUUACGGGGGCUUUUGUGCUGAAAUACUUCCUGGCUCAGACCGGUCGGAGAACCUGCUCGAAGCCAAGAAAUAGUCCGGCACGAGACCCCGCAGUAAACCCACAAGUUGGCAGUUUUUACAGUCUGUAUCGCAGGGAUAAGACUCGCAAUAAAACGUGUUAACCUGUGAGCUUAAGGGCUGCAGAGAGACUCGUCUGAAAGAGCCGGGCCAACUGAAUGUAGUUAUGUUUUACAGAGCUCUUAUCAACGGUCCCUGCUCUCCAGUUUGAGUCCAUUCACAGCAUGUUACACUGAUAUAUUAACGAGUUUUAAUUAAAGCUUCAAAAUCUGCAAUUUAAGCAGAACGAAAGGAUUGACGACUUUGAAUUAUGUGGAGGAAACACACUGAACAAACACAUCUCUAUUGCAGCUCUGCAAAAAUGAGGAAAGCCUGUAUGAAGCUUUGAAUAACAUCUCUGGAUUGACUGAAGAUUUUGUCGGUGCACAUCAACAAAACACUGACCGCGCUCACGUUAAACCAUCGUAAACUUCUCGGUAAAAAUCAGGAAACAGCUGUGGUUCUGGGAUUUUUGGUCAGAGACGGGACGCAACAAUAACAGACGCCCAAACAUUUACCUCAACGUCCUCCCGCAGAGGUUUGGCAGCUCUUUAUCAGGGCCGUGCCUCUUACAGGUUUGUGCUCGAGGUUUGGAUGAUUACCUGGAAAAGUCUGAAAGAUAAAGAGGUGUAGAAAUAUUUACAUUUACUGGCAUGAAUUCGAUACCGUUUCCUCCAGUGUUUGAAUUGGUGAUAUUAAGUUGUUGCUUCAUAGACUCUGAGUCUCUGCAGCCACCGGCCCUCUCCUCUCCUCACAGCAGCAGAAAGUUGCACAUUUCUGCACCGCAGGCCUUCACAGCCUGUCAUCGUCUGUCCUCAGGCUCAGCCAGAGGCUUCUCUCCAGCUCGCUCUCUCUGCCGGUGUCGGGUUUCUCUUGUGGUGUCCGGCGCGAUGAGAUCAGUUAUCACACACACAAAUCAAAAACCCUUUGGAGGUCAGUGGGUUUGUGUGUCGGGUUUGCCUCAGCUGCAACAGCAGCAGCUCCGGACAGCUGGUUUUAGGGGGUUUAGGGGAAGGCAGGGUUUGAGGCCGACAGGGGGCCAAGUAGAAAAAAAACGACAAGGCCACACCUGUUGUGGCGACUUAUGAUGAGCGGAGACAGAUUCAGAAACAAGGCAGGGAGAGAAAACAGAGGGGUUAAACUUGGAAGCUCGAAAGCUCAUCUUAUCUCUGUUAGACCUCACCAGAAAAAGCAGCAAGUUUUGGGUUAAUUUUUCCUUCUUCUGAAAAGAAUUUCUUCAGUUCUCGCUCUCUGAACGUGCUCGUCAUCUUCUCAUAGAUUUCAAAUGUAAAAUAGGCUAAAGUGAAAAGAAAGAGCAGUGCGUGUACUUUGAUUUCACACCAAAUGUGAUGGACUCUGCCUUCAACCCGUGCUGUUUUUCAUCAAGCAGACGCAGCAGGCUUGAGUGCCUGCAAGUUCUGUCCUUAUUGCAUAUGUAUUUGAAAGGGAGGCUGGUUUGGAUAAUAGGAUGAGACGUGUUAACAGAGGGUGAUUAUGUAUUCUGCAGGAUUUACUGAGGUCACACUGUCUCAGACUGUCAGUUUUGCUUCUGAAAAGGAGGCAUAAAAUACUCAUGCUAUUCAGAGCGGUCUAUUCAUGGGCAGCUCAGAGCGAGGAGCCAGUCUUCACUUCUGCCUGCAGUUUGAGGAGUGGGGGAGAGAAACCGAGAAAGCUCUGUUAUCAGUUUAAAAAUAUGAGUAAACUUGAGGUUCUCGUACUUUUACCUGAACUGACACACGUUAAUAACUUUCUGGUCGAGCAGCAUGAGUGAAAACAAAACAAACUUUUCACCCUGACUUGACUGAGACUUUUUCUGCAGGGCCCCUCUGGUGAUAUUUCACAUGAAGAUGAGCCGAUGUUAGAACGAAGCAGCAAAAAAUCUGGAAAAUCCACGACUAGUGAGAAGGACGGGGUGUUGACGUGUAAUUGGAAGAACAGGAUAUACAUAACAGUAUGAUUAAAACACUCUAGUAGGAAGGAGAGUAGUUUACCCGAUAAGAAGUCUGUGUGGGUUUGAUAUAAAAGCAUGUCAUGGGUCCCCCAUGGGCACCCCAUGUGCUGCCUACUUAGACUUCCACCCAUUUACUUUCACUUAACUGUGAUGAAACUGUGAAACCUCGCCACACAAAGUUGUAAAAACUGACGUAGAAUCUGAAAUAAGAAAUGACAUGAGAACGUUUUUACGUCCUUUUCUGUCCAGUUGGCGUAACUAUGUUAAGUUAAACCUAUAAACACUGUAUUCAGUGGUUUCAUUUUGAGAGAUGAUAGAAAAGCUUAUUAUCAAAGUGAAGUUUAGUAAAGUUGUCAUCGAAUAAAAAAUCGAAAUGGAAAAUUGAGUUUCCCCCCAAAAAAAAUUGGGAUUUUAGUUUUUGCCCAAAUGCCCUGCUGGACGUUAUAAAAUGAAGUGUCUGAUCAAUCAAAGCAGCUCUCUUUAACAUGCAUUUACAUGUAGACUGUCAUUUCCUCCAUAUAUAUAUAUAUAUGUGUGUAUGUUAAUAAGCUGAGGAGAGAGGAAAGAGUGUAAAUAGUAAAGCUUAUGCUACGUUCCAGUUACCUUGGAAGUCAGAUGUCGGAGCUGGGAAUGACAAUACGUCUGAGUUGACGGCGUUCCAGUAAACAAGUUGAAAGACCAAGAUGGACGCCUACUGUUAGCUGUUGUUAGCUGUUGUUAACAUUUGUCAGCUGUUGUUAGUUGUUGUUAGUUGUACCACUUGUAAACAACACAUAACACAGUAUUUUACUCUUACAACUCCAUAGCACCGUGUUCACAGUUAGAUGUUGGGCAGUACAACUUCCGAGUUCAACUGGAACACAGCAUAAGUCUGCUUUACUACAUAUCCCAGCGUGCUUUGCCUUUUUGAGCGCCAUCUUCUGGGUAACACAUCAACAAGUACUUGUGCAUUGUAACUAGUGAGAUAAACGCACCUUUAGACAGAUGACAAGAAGGCAUGAUUUAACAGUAUCCUCAAUGAGCCAUGUUGAAAUAUUGAUUGAUAAGUAUUGAAAACUUUAUAGUGUAAAGAUUGAUAUGAGUGCAGAAAUGCUUUAACUUGUGCUGAAGAGACUUUGGCAGUAAAACGACUUGAAGUUGAAAUGAAGAGCUCACAGAGGUCUGAGCGCCUCUUCCAUCCCCAUCUCUCAGAUUUGACUUUAUCUGUCUGAUGCUCUUACCUGCUGUCUCCACUGUACUAAACCAGAUUGCCAGCACCAUUGCAUAACAGCUAAGGAUUAUAUAAUCUGCAUAAAUUAAACUCACCUUUUUCUCAGCGAGACUUCCUCUGCUGUGAUUCCCAGCCAUGUUUUUGAAGAGGACCAGUCACUUUGGAGAACAGGACACUGACGGUUACAUUAGGAUGUUGUUGUUGCCAAAUUUGGCGGACAGUUGCCAGGUUGGCUUACAUUCACGAGCCAGCCCUGCUUAUCAGUCACAUUAUCAGCAUUCAAAGGCGUCCGCAAAUAGCUGCUCGGCUGGCUCUGCAUCUGCUUUCUAAAGCUUUUACGUCGGGUUCAAAUAAAGUGCAGACGAGCCAAUCUGAGGAAUAUUGUCAUAAGCAGAAAUAUCAGCCGGGUUCCCCAGGGAGCCAGGCCGUGACGUAGACUGAAUCUUUGUACGCACUCUGCAGACUCUCAGCCGUGUGUUUCAGCAGGGUAGCGGGGUCUCUGCGGCCCGGCUGAGGCUGCAGGAUCUCAGAGGGCCGCAGAGGAAGCGGCCACUUCACAGUGGAUCAUCUUCAGCUGACGGUGCAGCGAGCAGCCCUGUCGAGCGAGCGGAGUCACACUUCCUGGUCCCAGCUGUCAGCAGAGGGAUCGGAUGUGUGACGCCAAAACACCUCCACCCUCCACGCUACUGCGAACGGUUGAACUCAUCCGUGGCAGGAUGAGGUGUGAAGAGAUCCACGACAAACUGUCAAUAAGAAAAGACACGUUCUUAUAGAGGCUGCGAGAGAAACAGUUUGAAGGUUACAGAUAUGAUGAGGUGGGAGUUUUUACAGAACAAGGUGUUUCAGACCUGAUCGAAAGAGAGUGGAGCUACAGGGGGCGCCACUGAGACGUAAAAACACCAAGACAAAUAGAUGAAGAAUGAGAGAAAUGAAGGGAGCUUUUUUCAAUUUGGAAAAAACCUGGUAUACGUUUCUGCAUCAGAUCUUUUUUUACACUAUCUGUGUGAUCAACUAGAUUUUUUAAGCCAGCCCCUAGUGGCCAGUUUAGGGACUGCAGUUUGUGGCACUUGCAUUUUAAGGGAUAUUCCGGCUGAGAUAAAUUUAGGGUCAAACACACCGUAACUCCGAGGUAGACACCCUGUCGGGAGAUCAAUGUUGCCGACUGCCGACAAUCAAGUUUAGAGUAAAAGUUGGCAAAACCAUACAACAGUUUAAGAAGGUAUUUUAAAAACAAAUAUGUGUGUUUUUCUCUUCCAGGAUAAGAAAGGUCCAUUUUCCUGUGAAGGUUUGCUGCUCAGCCGUUCAGCUCUACAUGCGAGGGAAACCAAAGAGCGCCACGGUGGAGACCAAACCCGGACAGACCCACGCCGAUUUCAAGAAGGCACGAGAUGGUUUCGUCCUGCUGGUCCCUGCAAACUAACAACCAAAACCAACAACAACAACUUGACCCCAGGACUGCCGUUAGAUGUACUGAUCUCUGAACUGAUGGAAACACCAGUUUCUAUGUUUAUUAAUUAUUUUACAGAACAAUCAUGCAAAAUGAUGCUUUGAAACUGCAGCUAGAGUAAAAUAUUUUAAGUGUUAACAGAGAGCAGAGUUGCUGACACAGUCUGCUCUCACUAUCCUGAAUUUGCACUGGACAUUAACCAAACUUCUGAAUAUUUGAGCAAUGAGAUUUGUAUUAUAUUUGCAAACAAACUAGCAGAUUUUUGAAGAUGUUUUUGAAAGACAGGAUGUCAAAUAAAUGCACUUUUUUAGGACGAUUUGUACAACAAGAUGCAUGCAGACACCUAGAUGAAACAUUCCAGAUAUGUUUGUACAUGAAUUAUUUUUUUAACGUCUCAUGUUGUUACUUUGAAAAGGAAGACUGAAAAAUAUCCCACGUCAGGAUAGGACGGAGGAAGAGAAUAAAUUAUUCCAGAUUUACUGAA